GUGUUGCCUGAGGAGAAGGCGGCUUUCGGUUGGGCCGGGGGCCCUGUGGUCGUUUGCAAGGAGGGGGAAUUGGCUUCGGGCAAAGAGCAAAAGUCCCUGAGAGGGAGUUGGGGGGGGGGCGUAAGUAGGAGCCAUGUCGGAGGGAGGCGGCACCUGCGAGACCGACAGCGAUGAGACAAUAGUGGAAGGCUCCGUCCCUGAGAGCGACGGGGACGAAGAGGAGCUGCUCGCCAGGAGGUGACAAACACACACACACACACACACGUUACAAUUAGUUGUGCUAACACUUCACAGAGGCGUCACAAGUCACCCUCUGGGGCCGACUGUUAAGUGUUUGAAUACUGGCAAAGGGCGUGUGGCUACUCAGAAGUAAGCCGCUCUGAGUUCAGUGGGGCUUGCUCAUCUGGUAUAGGAUUACAGUUGGUCCUGUAAUAAAGGCCUCCCGUUGACCAGGAUAUGCCAGUUGCUUCUGUUACUCAUUCAGAUGCAUGGUAAAAUUAAUGGUGUGUGUGGCCCUUCCGCCCAUAUAACCGUGCUAAAUGACUGCCUACUCUCUCCUCCACAUAACGCCCCAAACUGAAAACGAAAGUCGCUUACGAUCCUAAGCAUACAACCAACCACCCGUGGGAUUUAAAUGUGCUUUUUUAAGGUCCCCUAUUUGGAAACAUAGCCUUCAGACAAACGGUUCAGGUAGGGUUCACUGUAAAAAUGGCAGUUAAGGUUCGCUGAAGGUGUGUCUUGCAAUCCUUGCCUCCUCAAGUUCAGUUAACGAAUACAAAAGCAGGAAAGGGUUUGUGAGAUCAAUGGUGUUGGGGGCACAGGCAGCCAGUGCAAUCCCUCUCCCAACACCACACGUCACUAUUUCACAAAUAACAGUAUGUCUUGUGAACAGGGCUUCUUUAUCAAGCUCCUGAAUCUAUAUGGGGUGGCAGAAUCUCAGAGGUUUUUGGCAAGGCCUGAGCUACUAACCUCUCUCUUACCUUUACCACACUGCAGUGGAAAUGUGCUCUAAAUACCACAUUUCCUUAAAACUUUCAUAUCAGUCUAGCUACCGGUAAGUUCUUGGCAGGAGUAAACCCAGCAUAUCCUCCCUUUUAAAUAAAUAAGUAAAUGAUAUACAAAUAUUUGGUUCUGAAGAAACAGGAACAUAGUUUUCUUUCUUUUCCCCCGUAAGAUUUUAUUAAAACUUUUUUUGUGAUACAAUAAAACAAAAGGAAUGAACCUAGAUAAAAACAAAGAGAAAAGAAAAUGCAGAGUCCUGACUCUUAACCAGUGCUUUUUUCAGGGGGUGCGCAAGGGUACACAGUACCAGCACCUCUUUUUUAGUUGUGUGGCACUUAUUGUAAUAUCUUCAUGGUGAGUACCAGCACCUAUUUAUCUAGGGGAAAAAAUCAUUGCUCUUAACCCUUAUCUCACACAAAAAAUAGUGGACCCUCCCAGCUCUCACCUGGGAGCUUUCCUGUCUUCUUCCAGUCACUCACCCUGGGAGGUCUUCCCUUCCCUGGCUCUUAUCCAGGGUCCUUCCACCCAUCCAUAAUCUUCAAGUGUGUGUAAUCCUGAACCCCAAUAACAGCCCAGAGCAGAGGACAUAAUAGUAAAGAGAGGGAGAGAGAAGAAAAAAGAAGAGACGUAUACAGUGGUACCUCGGGUUAAGUACUUAAUUCAUUCCGGAGGUCCGUACUUAACCUGAAACUGUUCUUAACCUGAAGCACCACUUUAGCUAAUGGGGCCUCCUGCUGCCGCCGUGCUGCUGGAGCCCGAUUUCUGUUCUUAUCCUGAAGCAAAGUUCUUAACCUGAAGCACUAUUUCUAGGUUAGCGGAGUGUGUAACCUGAAGUGUAUGUAACCCAAGGUACCACUGUAUAAGAAGAAGAAAAAAGUAGAGAAAAAAUAUAAAGGACUUAUGAUUUUCCGUUUGUCAGUUACAUAGAAGAAAUUAUUUAUCCUGUGUUGUCUGCUUACAUUCCCAAUCUCCUGAGGUAGAAUGCAAAAUGCAUCCAGUCAGAUAUCCAAAUGAUAAUUUCAAAAACAAGAGCUUUCUUCAAACAAGGAUUCCUGGGAUUCAGACUAGGAUAGUGGUAUUUUAAGAAUAUCAGUGAAUGGCAAUUAAUAACUAAAUUACCUUUUAGUUUGUGCACAAGUAGUAAAGGGGUGGAAUUUUUGUUUUAUUUUUAAGUGUAACUUAUGUGAGAAUGUUCCAGGUUAUUUUAAAGAAGUACAUAUUUGCAUAGGAUAGUGAGAACAGUUACAUAAGUAUGAAUUUUACUAAUCCUGAGGGUGUGGUUACUGAAGAAUGUUGGAUUAUGUUAACUGAGGAAUGUAAUUAACUAUGUUAUCCAUUUUCAUAGAAUCAUAGAAUUGUAGAGUUGGAAAGGACCUGAGGGUUAUCUAGUUCAACCCCCUGCAAUAUAGAAACCCUGCCCACACCCGUCCCUGGGUGGACUUGAACCACCAACUUUCUUGUUAACAGCCAGAUGCACUGACCCAUUGCACCACUGGGGGGUCAUCAUUUUUUAAAAAAGAAACAAGUUAUGUACUUCAUGCAAAUAUGAAACAAACAAAUAAAUUUGCUGCUUUGCAUGAAAAGAUAUAUAUUUCAUUUCUGUAUGCCUUUUAAAACAUGGAAUUGUGUAGACUAGUGCCUGCUGUCCUGGUUUAGGUACUGUAUCUAUGCAUGUCCUUUCAUUAAAUUACACUCUUGGAAAUAUCAGAGUUUGAAGACAGUGUGCAGGUGGACCUUUGUUUGUUCUUAUGUAAAAAACUGAGUCAUAAUUCCAUUUAGAAGUGGCAUUGAUCCAUUAUUUGAAUAUUGAGCUAGAUUUAGUUUAUUAAUGUCAAAUCCAGAUCCAGCAGAACUUUAUUUUGACCAAAUUCUGCUAUUAGGAUAAAUAUAGCAUAGUUCUAUGAUAAAUGUAGCAUACCUUGAAUCAUAGACUUGAAUCAUAAAUUCAUAGAGUUGCAAGGGACCCUUAGGAUCAUCUAGUCCAACUCCCUGCAAUGCAGGAACAUUCAGAUGUGCCUUAUGGGGAUCAAACCUUCAACCAUGGCAUUAUCAGCAGCACGCUGUAAUCAACAGAGCUACUAUAUGUGUUAAAAUUCACAUAUUCAUAGAUUGGUUCAUGAUUAAAAUAUUUUAAUUAGAUUUUUUUUACUUUGAUCACCUAAUCAGGACCAACCCAAGGCAACUUGCUUCUUGAGGCAAAUGCUAAAGAUGGUGCCCUCUGCAUUCUACAUGCAGAAACCAAUUGAUAGGCAGUUCAAUCUUACUUUAUUAUGAACUAACAAGGUGCGUGUUUUACUGCACUACAAGACAGCAGGCUACAAUAGGGAGUGCAGGGCAGUAUGUGGGGCACAUGCAGCUCUUUCCUCCAACACUUUGGUGCUGCUUGCUCACUGCUCCACCUGGUGUCUUUUCACUUCCCACUCAAAUGCUGUAAAGCAACAGCGGCACCAUAGCUGCUACCACCACCAACAUGUAUCAUGUGAGCAGAGCAAUACAUAUGUGAUGCCUGCUGGAAUGCCUGCUCACCUGAUUAGGGGUAGGGGUGCCAACUUGAAUAAAAUAUUGGGGGGGGCAGGUAAGCCCCGCCCUGCAUAAUUGAUCAUAAUAUGUGGCACAUGCAUACCAUUUGAAUGCCAAUGUCCAUCAACGUGGGGCAGCCCCCCCAAUAUUUUAUUGCGAGGAGCAAAGGGACAUCGACCCCAAGGAGUUGGCUCCUAUGAUUAUGGGUAUUUCCCAUCAUUGCUGUCUCUGAUAUGUUGGGAAACAUCUCACUUGCCCAGUCCAGCAACAAGCAAGCAUCACUACUGGUGGGUUGCUGGCUCAGUAGGAUAGGAAUGGUGGAGGGGGGAGAACCCUGGGGCGUGGUUGUGGGGGCUACUCACACCCAUGGCACCUCCUGCCUGGGUUGGUUGUAUAGCUGUCAACUUUUCCCUUUUGCAAGGAAUCCUAUUUGGAAUAAGGGAAUUUCCCUUAAAAAAAGGAAAAUGUUGACAGCUAUGGUUGGUUGUCUCAAUCUAAUGGUAGGGCUGGGUUUUUUUUAAUCUAAUGCAUAAAAAAGUUAGCUGUGAUCAAUGUGUUGUAGCGGAAGAAUAAGAACCUCCUCCCCCACAGCUGAAAAUAGUAGCAAACGACACAGUGGAGAAAUGGAUCUAAAAGAGCAAGAUUCAGGAGAUACUACAUGAUAUACCGUAUUUUUCGCUCUAUAAGACUCACCAGACCAUAAAACGCACCUAGUUUUUGAAGGAGGAAAACAAGAAAAAAAUAUUCUGAAUCCCAGAAGCCAGAACAGCAAGAGGGAUCGCUGCGCAGUGAAAGCAGCGAUCCCUCUUGCUGUUCUGGCUCCUGGGAUAGCUGCGCAGCCUGCAUUCGCUCCAUAAGAUGCACACACAUUUCCCCUUACUUUUUAGGAGGGAAAAAGUGAGUCUUAUAGAGCAAAAAAUACGGUAUAUGGGAUAAGAUAAAUUCCUUUUAAAUACAAGAGAGAUAGCAUCUCUUGUUCCAAGCUGGGGCAGGUUAUUGUGUUCACCACUCAGGUGUGGCUUCUUUUAAUAAUAGAAAUAUUGAACAGGGAAGAUUUAUUACUAUAGGUUCUGUAUUAAAUAUCAGAUGGUGUGACAUCUGUUAAUGUAUUCAAGGGUGUAAGCAGAUGUUUUCUGCGUUACAUCUGCCAGAAAUUGCAUCAGAAUGAAUGGAUGUACUUACAAGCAGGGUUUAAUUAAAAUCAGACAAUUAUGACAUUAAUCCAAUAAUUACAACUUUCAUCUAAAAAUUCCCUGAUCAUCUAAUUUUGCAAUUUUUCAUGCAAUAUAACUCAUCAGAUGUGUUGGGCUGUUGGAAUCCUUUAGAUUUUUCAGUUGCAUAAUUAUGUUACUUAAUCUUAAUUACAGGUUGUGAAGUACAAAAUGUACAUUGUUCCAAUCUGUCCUGUUCCUUCAGUCUCCACACCUGGCUGCUACUUAUUCCUUCAAACCUUGCUAAAGCUUCACUUAGACUUACAGUCUAAAGAUGAUGCUUUCUCAUUUUUCUGUCUUGUUUUCCUUAACUGACAACUCUAAUAAGUAUUCUUCAAGUCAUCAAUAUAAUCUGAUCUUCAUAGAAUCAAAGGAACCAUGGCUUUAACAAAUUGCCUGGUUGUAGCCAUUAUCCACCCAAGAAUUCCAUGCUGGCCAGUGAGCAAGCUGGUGGAGGAUGGAUGGAACUCAUGAGAGAGCCCUUCUAGGUCAGUCCACUUUGUUUCUGUUCUAGCCAUGAGAGAAGAAAAGCCCCUUCCUAUGCAAAUUCAUCUGAAAAUGCACAGUGCUAACCUCUUAGCAGACUGAUGACUUUUGUGGGUUUAUUUCCAAGGCUGAAUUAACAACCAUGCAGAGACAUAACAAAGGAAGAUCUGCCGUUGAAACCAAGAACUGCUUAGUUGAGAUUCUUGCAUUGCAGGGGGUUGUACUAGAUGACCCUUCCAGCUUUACAAUUCUAUGAUUAUAUAUUAUCUUCUUCCCACUGAAUGUUCUGGCUGCUGCUGUCACGGUCCCCUCCUCCUCCCGUUGAUAGAUGCUGUCUAUGGCUUGUUGCCUGACGCAGGAGGAGGUUGCAUUGCUUCCAUCUCUGGUACCCCACUGUGGUGUGGUUCCUUUCCCUGCUUAAUCAUCUGCCCCUCUCACUACCACUACCACAUCUUCCUGAAAAAGAAAGUGCUUGCUGCUGGAUGCCUGUGAUGGAAGCAAACAGUAUAAUGCUCCCACCUCAGUCAACUGGCUGUGGGCUGCUUCAUUCCCCAACAGGUGGAGGAAGCAGUAGUUAAAGCAUAAGCCAGCAAGGAGUAGCAGGAUGAUAUUCUAACAUUUGCUUUGCUGGAAUACUGUGGGCACACAUACAUACAGAGAGAGAGCUCAAAAUGCAUCCACAGUGCUUUGUGUUUCUUUUUAUAUUUUGCCCAUACAUGCUUGUUACAGAAGUGAUAGAGAACAGUUCACUUCAUAUUUAUAAAAUGAUUUUAAUGCACAUGAAUAAGUAGCUCACUCCUUUGCAGGAGUAAGUAAAACCAGAAUGCCUUAUCUUUCUUUAUCAGGUCUGAAUCUUGCAAAUUAAUUUCUAGAUAUCACCAUAACAAGCUAUUUAGAAAUAGAGAAGCUACCUUUUCAGAGGUCAUGUGUUUAGGUCAUGGAGCAGGAAUUCUAACAGCUAUCUCAGAGCUAGAUGGCUUUUUGAUUGCAACUUUGCCUUCAGUUUUGCCUUGAGCAUGUGCCCUUUGUGGGUUGUUAUUUUUUAACUGUAUCUGUAUUCCUCCUCUGUAUUCCUAAUCACACACAUUUUAUUCAGAAGGAAAUUCACCAUGCUAACCUGUUUCUCAUAUACUCAGAAAAAUAUACGGACAAACGCAGUGCUUUUUGUCUUGUGGUGUGCACUGAUACGCAGUACCAGCACCUCCAUCCCCCUCAGAGCCUUGCACCUUUCCCCCAAAGCCCAGGAAGCUUCUGCCUGGCUUAGGGAAGGAGGCACGAUGUUCUGGCAGGGUCUGAGAGCCCUCCCACCUCCUUUCUAAAGCUUGCCUAGUUUUGGGAAGGAGGCAGGAGGGCUGCAGGAUCCCUCACACCCCCCUUCUCAAAGCCUGGGAAGCUUCUGCCCAGCUUAGGAAGGGAGGUGCAAUGCUCUGGCAGGGUCUGAGAGCCCUCCCUUGUAGGCUGAGUACUAGCACCUUUUUUCUAGAAAAAAAAGCACUGGACAAUCUACAUCUUUCAUUGAACAGCCCAAGCUUCAGGACUGUAGUCAGAGAGAUGGCAAAGAAGGGCUCUCGGACCCUGCCAGAGCAAUGUUUUGUUAUCAGCAAUAAAACGACAAUGAUAGAUUUGAGGCUUUAGUUUUUUUAUUUGAGUAAGAAAAAAACAUCAUUUUUCUAAAGCCAUACCAGUAAUUUGCAUAUCAGCCACCUGUCACGCACCACCAAGUGCAGAAUUGGAUGGAAAAAAGUUAGAACUGAUUAUCUUUUUACAGCCCAAUACUGUGCAUGUUUGCUUGGAAGUAAGACCUACUAUACUCAUUGGUACUUACUCCCAAGUAAAUAUGAUUACAACUGCAGCCUUAGUCUCCCUGAUUUCAACUUUUAAAGUUUUAGAUAAGAUACGUAUGUUUUGUUUUAGAAAUAGUGCCUUUUAAGCACUUUAGAAAUCCUGAUGAUUUCAUGCAUUUGUGUGCAACAAAUUGUUUCCAUACAUUGAUCAUUAUAUCACCUACAAAUAAGUGUGAAGGAUCUGAGUAAAACAGAGAUUACAAUCAAGCCUAAAUCACCCAAACAUGAAAAGUUAAUUAAUGUUAUCUGUUCUUUUCCUUUCUAGAGCUGGGAUAAACUGUCCCAUCAGUGUUACAGGUAUUUGCCAACUUGAUCAUUCACCAGCUGCUACUGUACAUGGAUGAUACAAGCUUUUUAUCUGCAUGUUUAUGUAAUGGAGAGUAACUUGUUUAAGUAUAGUUAUUACACAGAAAAUAGUUAUUGCAGAAAAUAUCAAACAGAUGUAUCUAUAUACAGCACAGUAAGGAACUAAAUGGCUUUUGGAGUUUCAGCCUCAGAAAGGAGUUUGUAAUUGGCCUCCCACUUUUACUUUCUGUGCAGUGGUUUUACCUAAUGCCUAUUAGUGUGGUCACCUAGAACUUCACAAGGCAGUGCAGUCCAUUAAGAGGAAGGUUACCGAAGUCCCGCCCGGCUCCCGAUGGCUGCGCAGAGCUGCCUGCAGUCUCGGGCUCAGUGCAGCUCUGCGCGGCCAUCGGGAGCGGGGCGCGAAGUCCCGCCCGGCUCCCGAUGGCUGCGCAGAGCUGCCUCCAGUCCCGGGCUCAGCGCACUUCUCCCCAUUGCCAGCCCCACAAGCUGGGGGGCAGCGGGGAGGCGGAGCGCACCUUCCCGCUGUUCCCCGACCUGGUUCUUCCAGCCCCGCACCUGGGGGGGGGGGGAAUUCUUUAUUUCCCCCCAAAAAAACUAGGUGCGUCCUAUGGGCCGGUGCAUCCUAUGGGGCGCAAAAUACGGUACCUAAAUCCAUUGUGAAAUGAUUUCUUCCUCCCUUCCACCCUGCCCUCAUAUUGCAUCCCAUAAUUCUGGAUUUGAACUAAAUUGCCAGAGCAGAAGACUCAUAUAUAGAUCACCUGGAGGUCCCUGUUCCCAUAAGCCCUAUUCAGGUUAAAUAGAGCUUAAACUAGGGAGGGGUUACAUACACAACCCACCCCCAAUAUAUACAUCCAUUUCAGGCCCACCAUUUAGCACCAUUUGAAGGAGGAUUCUAAGUGCAUUUGGGUGAGUGUGCUUACAAACUUCCCUGCGAUCAAGACCCUUGAUAAUGCAGAGCUCCUAAUCAAGAGAAGAAUUGUAAGCACACUCACUCGUAACAUUUCCCCUUCAGACUUUCAUGCCGAACAUGGGAAGUUGUGAACUGGAACAGCUGCAUAUGUGGACAUUGGGAGAGCGCCAUGAGCCAAAAACCUAAAUAGUGCUGUAGCUGCCUUAGGACAUAGAGAACAUACUUUCAAGUUCAUAAGUACUUUCAUUCAAGGUUAGAUGUUAAGCAAAAUAACAUACAAAAGAAUGUUGGUGAAUAAAAUGGGAAAGCCUGCAAUUUGUAAGUUUUAUAAUGGAUUGCACAAAGUACUUGGAGAUUUAAUGAGAUUCAACCAUCUUUGGCUGCAGGAAGAUCUUAUUUCAUAUAGCUAUAUAAAAAAUGUACACACUGCCUUCUUAGUACACAUAUUUUGCACAAGACUGAUUACUUCUAUUAAAAUCACAAUGUAGAAAAUAGCAACAAUAGUAGAAAUAUAAUAAACACAAUAUAUCAACCACACAUUAAAGGUAUGCCAGUGACAUCAGCGAACUUGUGAAAGGUUCCUGUUGUUAUCCCUUUCAAAAUAGAAAAACCAUCCAUCAGGUCCAAAUUAGAUGUUACAUAGAAAUUCCAUGAUUGACACUCUCCACGCCUUUUUCUUUCUUAAGAAAUGAAAGUCCCAGUUUGCUUGGGGAUCAGUCCUUGUGGGGAAGUCUAACCCUUUGCCCCUGUUGUCAGUGGUUAGAUCCAAAUCACCCUCCCCCCAGAAGGUGCUAUUAGUCAUAGAGGGGGAAAUGUAGAGGCACACAAAUUGUGCCUGUAAAGGGCAAGCUAGACACAUUUUUUGGUUAUGUAAAUAGCAGCCACAGGCAAGCUUGAGCAGUCUUGGGGCCAUAGAGAGUCCAUAGUCCUGAUGACAGUUACCUCUCUGAAGCUGCUAUUUGUAUUUCAAGGGAUGCUCCCACUGGUGCAAGGGGAAGCUUCUGGAUACAAGUUCUGCUUGUUAAGUUACAGAUUAAUUUUAGAUGACACACUAGGUAUAAAGUCAAUAGAAGCUUUAUUGUGAAGGGAGGCUAUGCUUUCCUCAUAGGUGGUCAGAAGCUCUUUUUCCUUCAGUUCCAGGAUGGCUAAAUUUGGUAUUUACUGUUUCCCCUCAAAGACCAUACUAUGUUUUAAAGGAUAUUCAAAGUGAUAUGCAUUGAAAAUAAAGUUUAAAAUUCACUUAUUUGCUGUUGUUUUAGGUUUAGAUUCUGAAGUGGCUGGAUUUCUGGAAACAGACAGAAAUGUAGGUCUGUUAGUGUCCCUCUCCCCCUCCCCAAUUGUAACUAUAUAAUCUCUGUUUUUCAAUUAAUUUAUGCCUCAUGGAAUUCCCCCUUCCCCCGUGAAAGCCUAUGAACAUGUUUUCUCCAGAUAUUUAUUACAUAAACAAACAAACAAACAAACAAAUAACUGUAAUCUUAACAAAGAUGUCAUUUCAAACAUUCACUUUGAGCUUGAGCUUGAGCUUGCUGUUUUUAUGCAAAUUAACCAGCAUGCCCAUAGGAUGUGUAUAAUGAUACAGUGCAGAAGUUAUUGUGAUACAAAUUAUUACACCAUACAAGAUUGUGAAAGAAUGUAACAGGUCAGACUUGCCAACAUAGUAUGUUGAGUAUUGAAAGUGCACUUUUGUAAUUUUCCUGCAGUAGCUCCAUUGGUCCUAUUAUAAGCACUGAACUAGAUGUGAUAUUAAUUGCAUGAAUGAAAUUAACACACACAAUUUUUCUUACGUAACUAGCAGCCUUGGAACCUUGGGGAAGGGAAGUUUAACUUUUUCUUCUCCCUGCCGUGGUCCUGACCAAAAUAGCUUCUUUGAAGCUGCCUUUUUCAUUUCAGGAGUAACUAUUUUUGUUGGGACCAUGGACGAGAGAGAAUUUUUUUUAAACUUUGUGUGCUUGUGACACCCCAUCAUUUACUCAUACACAGAAGACACCAAUCAGUGCAUGGCAAUAGCUAAACAAUUUUGUGAUUUCACUCUAUCCAGGAUACACACAAAAGAUAACAGGGUAGCCACAAAGACAACAUGCCACCCUCCCAAGUGAAGACCUCCAUAGCAUAGUGAACAGGAAGGUGGCAUCCCUAGUAACCAUGUACUCCAAGUUUCUCCACAGAAAGGGUUUUGAUUCCCUUGACAUCCAUAUCAUUUUGAUCAUUCCCUGUCAUCCUAUCCAACCACAGUUCCCAUGUCCACUUAUUUGAUUUCCUGUGUCUUGCUAGCAUUAUGCCAGCAGAUUUCACUCCAUUCAGCCCCCUCUCUGCUGCUUGACUUGUCAUAAUAUCAGCAGCACAUUGGAGAAAGCAAGAAGAUUAUUGGAGCCCGCCAUAUUGCCUGUGCUGAUGCUGUAGUAGUAGACCUCCAAUUGUACUAAAGAAAACAGUUUUUCUUCAGCUUUUUUACAGUGGGUUAUAUAUGUUUUCUGGGUGGGUUCCCAGGCUAAUAACAGGAUCAGGCUUUAAAUUUAUUAUUUGGUAUUGUGUUGUGGUACUUUAUGCUGUGGAGCACUUUGAUCUUUUAUGUAAUUGGGCAUAUAGAAAUAUUUUUAUCAAUCAAUUUAUUUUUUGGAUUUAUACUUUCCCAUUAACUCACUCCUCUGGGGAGUUUUCAACGUUAUGAAAAAUAGAAAAUACAAGACAGAGAAAAUUAAAAUAAAACCAAUUUUUAAGCAAUACAAAUCAACCCACAAAGCCAUCUAAAGGCCAGAGAAUAUACAUAGCUUCAGCAGUACAACUGCAUCAAAUGCCUUCAUGUCAUAAGAAAAAAUAUAACAAUGAAUGAAUGAUACUGAGAAAAACAUUUAAAUGUAAAAGACUAAUAAUGAGUAAAAGUUGGCUGUAAGCUCCCUGGAAGCAGACUGAGGGAUCAUAAGAAACCAUUAAAUUUUUUAGCAAAGUGUAGCAGGGUAAACCCUUUUUCUUUAAGUAUCUUAAAACUAUUAUGUAAAUAUGCAGUCUAGAAAAUUGUGCACUUUUGUCUCAGAUUAAAAGAAAUAUAAUAGAACUGGGGAAGGUAAAAAAACAGCUAUUUAAAAAAGCUAUUUUAAAAAGAGCUAUGAAGAGGAAGCAGCAUUUUCUUUGAAGAAAGCUUUGCAAAUGUGUGCUUUUGAGUGUUAAAUUAGCAUAUGUUUUUAUCAUUAGCUUCCAGAGACUUUAAAUGUUGAAGUGUCUCCAGAAAUAAGCCUUCUUUCUGGUAUGGAUGCAAUAGAGGAUUCAAUUCCACAAGAUACAGAGAUGUCAGAGGUUUUUCAAAUUGUCAGUAAGGAAGAUAUGACAGAAAACCAUCCAUUUCUUGAAACAGUGCAAUCAAGUAUAAGUGUAGAUGAAACAAUGGCUGUGGAAUUUGAAGAUUUGAUGGAACCACUUGAUGAUUCUGAGACCCUCAAAAUGCUUGACAUAUUGGAAAAUCAGGAUGGUGCUAUUUCUAUGGCUAAGUCUGUAAAUAAGGAGAGCAAUGCCCUGCCUGUAGAGCUUCUCAUAGCACUGAACUCCUUGUCAGAAUCUGCAGCAGCAUCUGUCUGUCAGCCAGAAGGCAAGGGAAGUUGGUUCAUCAUCGCAGACAAACAACCGACACCAGACCAAACAGAUGGUGAUUGCACACAAAUCACAGAUAUAAAUGUAAAAUCUCAGCUUCAUAUAAAACACCUUGAAGAAACAGAAGCUUUAAUGAUGACCAAACUGCCAUAUCCUUCAGAGGAACAGGUAUGUAUACUUUAAAGUUGAAAUGUUAGUUUACAAUUUAUAUUCACAUUAAUGUUUAUUGAAAUGUUAACUUGCCGUUUAUAUUCACAAAACCAUCUUAUACCCCAAAUAAGCCUGUUGUUUGUGUAUAAUAUUCCUAAGUAAGUGAUGUAUGUUUUUAUUACCUUGCCUCUCAUUAAAGUUGCAUACUGCCAUUGUUAGGAUAAGCAACCUCGCUUCUUCCCUGCUGUCUUGUACAACAGUGAUACCUGCAUUGUAAAGCCCUCUUAUUAUAAGUUUACAGUUUGCUCAACCAGCCUUCUCUUUCUGUUUCUCCUUCUGCAAUCCACUGUACCCCUGACAACCCUCUCCCUGGUGUGUGUGUGUGUGUGUGUGUGUGUGCAUGCUCCUGAACAGUGAACAGCAAUGGGGUAUGGGGCUGCUGUGGGAAGAUAGAAUAAUCCCAAAUCAGAUGGAAGGAUGUUAUUUAAGUGAGAGCUUUGCUGACACAGAGUCCUCUGGUUUUCAGGUGAUUCCCUCUCUCACUGCAGCUUCAUGUGACAUGGUCCACACUUGUACAGUACAUGGAGCUGCAGGAAGGAAGCAGAAGAACAGCUGCCUUCCACUAUUAUUUUUAAUUAUUAUUUAUUAAAUUUAUAUAUUGCCAUUCAUCUGAAGAUAUUUUCUUAGCAUCCGUCUAUUGAGAGACAGCAGAGUGUGCCUCUGGGGGUGAGGUCAAACUGCUGGAGAAUCACAGCACCUGCUGUGGCUGCAGAGACUGGAAACCAGAACAUUUAGCACCAGCUUGGCUGCUGGAGUUGCUGGAAGGAGGCGUACAAGACACCGUUCAACCAUUUUACUUUUUUCCAGAUUUGUGUAGGGUUUACUCCUUAGCCUUUUAUUUCCCUAAGACGCUCCACAAGACAGCGGGUAUCUGAGGAUCACAGGGCAGUUUAUAGUAUAUAAAUACAGAAUGAAAGUACAAAAUAUAUAACAUAACAAAAAGAAGCAAGCAAAAUACAUAGCAUAACAAAAACAAACAGAAAAACCAAUACCCCCCCCCCCACAAACACAUUUAAAAGUUCAUAGAUUGUUUAAUCAGCCAAAGCACUUUGGAAACAUCCAACUUCUUCUGCAAUUACCGUUUGAGGCUUUCCCUCCUUAUGGAGGGUCUCAAUGAUGGCUUUCUGCACAACUGUCAGGUCAGCAGCCUUCCCCAUGAUUGUGCUUCCUACUGAACCCAUUGCAGGUGUUAUGGAUUGAAUAGCUACUGCACCUUUUCACAAUAUUCUAAUUUUCUGAGAUUGUUAAUUUGGGGUUUUUAUCAGCUGUACCCCAUAAUCAUCACAAUUACAACAAAUAAAGGCUUGACAUAUCUUGCUUUGCAUGUCAUGAGUCUAUCUCAUAUAUUAGUUUCACCUUUUAAGUUGAAUUACUGAAACAAAUGAACUUUUCCACGAUAUUCUAAUUUUCCGAGUUUCACCUGUAGGUGAACUGUGAAAUUUGCUCCCACGAGAGGCAGUGAUGGCCACCCACUUGUAUGGAUUAGACAUUUUUUAUGGAGGGUAAGACUGUCAGUGACUGCCACACAUGAUAGCUGUGUUUUGCCUCCACUGUCAUAGACACUAUCCCCCUGAAGAGCUGUUGCUGGGAAUCACAAGUGGAGAGAGUGCUGUUGCAUCCAGGUCCUGGUUGUGGGAUUUCCAUAGGCUAGAUGAGCCUUUGUUCAGAUCCAGCAGAGCUCUUCUUACAUGGUUACACUCAAUGGAGCAGCAAUUACGCAGACUAUAGGUAUCAACAAGGAAAGAAGCAUCAGAGAUUUUCUCCCCUUGGUUGCUCCAGGGAAUGAGGAAGAUAAGUAGCAGCAGAGCACUCAGAUUUCUGGAACUUACAUCAUUUACAAAUGCGAAGCCUGAUAACUGGUUUGUGCUAAUUUUCAUUGCAUAGUUCUGUUAAAGAGCUCUAAAACAAGCUUAACUUGUUGAUUAAUGUUGCUUGAAUUGGACAAAGUUGGUGGCAUGACAUUCAGUGGGAUAUGAUAUCAGCAAACACUGGUUAGGAGGAGGAUGCAACGUUGCACAACAUUUCCAGUUAGUAACAAUUGAUAAUGAAUUAUAACAUCCAGAACUGCUAGGCUUAUGCCAUAGGAGGAGUGCUUGCAUCUAAGGCGGGCAGCCUGAGGCCCUUUAGAUGUUGUUUGACUCUGAUCAUCGCUAACCACUGCCCAUGCCAGCUGGGACUAAUGGAUGCUGGAAUCCAUCAACCUCUGGAGAGGUACAGGUUCCCCAUUUGUGUUUCGUUAGCACGCUCUUUUAAGUGACUGUAGCUCAACUGCAUCUGUAGUUCUAAGGUGCCAUAACACUGGUCAUAUUAGAAGAUAACUGAGAAACAGUAAAAUGCAGUGGCUCUAAGUGGAGUUAAUAGUCAGAGCUAUGUUGGACCUGUUUUUAAAGAUUUGCACUGGCUACCAGCUUUGUUCCAGUCCACCCUUCGUCACCAGUAUGGAUUACCUUUGCAGAGAGUGGGGCAAGGGGAGUACGACUUCUUCAUCUCUCGUUGACAAAUGAUACCAUCAACCAUGAAAUCGUCCUGGUCCAGCUCCAGGAAAUGGGAAUUGGGGGCACUGUAUUACAGUCAUUCCAAACUUACCUUCAGGACUGAAUCCAGAAAGUAGCAUUGAGAGUGUGCCUUUUGACCCCCUGGCAGCUACAUUAUGGGGUAACCACAUUAACUGCAAUCAACAUUAAUGUCUAAGAGAUUCUUCUACCUCCAGAAGAUUCAACAGGAAAGCUGUUGUCAAAUAUUGCAGAUGUAGUCACAGUGCUAGAAACCCCUUAUAGAUAAUAGUAUCAUUCUUAUGCACCUUAAAUAGUUAUGUGAAUAAAAAAUAACUGAAAAUUGCUACACCUUCUUCACAGUUUUAAAAGUUAUUGUUCAUAACAUCUGUUUUUUGCAUUAAAUAAUCAUCUGCACUGAAGCUAUAUGCAUACAGAGAAGUAGAAGAUUCUUUCUAUAAAAUAUUUUACCUUCUAAAGUAAUCGGGUAUGUGAAGGAAAUGCAAUGUGAUACUCUUUCCCCCCCAAAAGCCCCAUCCAGCUCAAGGAAGAAACACAGGAUUGUGUAACUAGAAAAAGCACCAUUCUUCACAUACAUUGUAUAGCUCAGUUAUCUCUUUUCUUGUGAAGGAAAUGACAUUUAACCUUUGUCAGAAAAAUAUAGGGGUUACGGUAAGAGGCUGUCUCAUUAUAAUUUGACCAAACUUAUGUUGCUUGUCCUGGAAGUUCUCUAAAUUUCACAGUGAAUUCAUUGUUCAUACUUUUAAAACAGAAGUUUAAAUACAUAUAGCUGUACCCAGGGCCGCCAUAUUUCAGUGGGUUUUCCUGGACAUUUUUCUGAUUUACAAAAAUUCCACCCAGACACUAUUUCCGACGGACAAAUCCUAGAUAUGUCCGGGAAAUCCCAGAUGUAUGGCAGCCCUAAGAUGUGCCAAUAUGUUUUACUGCUCUACUAAUAAUUUUGACCUCUUUUAUAAUUGUUAUUUCACAGAUUGGCUUUAGUCAGAAUAUGCACAAAUUAGUCCAUUCAGACCACCAGAAUAUUUCCUCUCGUGACAGACCAGCUGAAAAAGGAGAUUCAAUUUUAAAGGAUAGCAGUUCAUGUGAACAAACUAUCCAGGUAGCUUCAUGUACAUUAAAGAAUUCAGCACAAAAAAGGAAGAAGCUUACUCUAAAUGAUACUGAUCCUACUUCCAGUUGUCAGUUUCUAGAAGGGAUGCAUCAGAAUAUACACAGUUUUGAGGCUCAAACAAGAGAGUAAGCUAAUGGUUUUGAAUAUGGUAUAAUUUUUUUACAGUGGUUAAUGGGAAAGCUUAUAUUAAAUAUAACAUUUUUACCACUUUGAGAUAUUUUAUAUAAUGUGUUAUGGAAAUGGAAAUAAUAAAUAAGUAUAUCCUGAGGAGGUUAAAAAAAAAGUUUCCAUGUGAAGUUUGGGUGAGACUAAAUAUACAGUUUUCCUUAUCCUUUUCAAGAAAAAUGUUUUAAAAUAUAUAUGCACAUCAUGCGGAGUAUAGAGAAAUGCAUUUGGUAAUUAAAAAUGUUUUGUUUGUCAUCAGAUCUGACACUAAAGAUAAGGAAGAUGACUGUUCACAGAUGGGAACUGUAUUAUGCCACUUCUCAACUACAGAUACAAAUACUAAAGUUGAGCAAGUGAGGAAAAGUCAGAGGAUUGCCAAGAAAAGAAGUAAGCAGUGUUUUUUUUUAAUCUUCUGUAGCCUGAAGGACAUAUGCUCCCCGCCCCCGCCCCCCCGCUAAAUAUGUCACUGUGGCAAAGUGUCCCAGUUCAUGUUACCAUUUCUGGGCAUUAACAGAAGCUCUGCGUCCAUCGCUAUCAAUUCUCUGUCUUGUACUGGGUUGGAAGAAACUAUUGCAACCGAAAGUGGAAUUUAAUUAGAGCAAGGGACACCUUCAUUUUCUAAGUCUAAGCAAGGAGGCUUCACUGGCAUUUCCCCUUACUCAAAUCUAAAGGCCAAAGUACAUGCAGUUUAUGCUCUGCAUCAAGCAAAUGUUUAGUUUGGCCCUCAGUGUUAAGGCCAUGUUCCUCAAUAUUACCUCAGGUUUGGAGUAGGGAAUAAAAUUUGAUUCAGUUAAAGGUGAACCUACCUAAUUUGCAUUUUUUAAAACAAUAUGCGAUCAAAAACGCCUUCUUUUGAAAUUCACACUUCUCUUAAUUUUGCAGUGUUGUUCUCCACUUUAUGUGUACGAUAAUGCUCAUACUAGGGUAAAGUGUACAUAAAAAGCCAUAUAUUGGUGUUAGUAAUGUACAAAAACGAAUUGCAAAACUGUGUGUAUUGGGCAAAAUUGUGCAUAUUAAGAGAAAUUCACACUUAAAUGUGAAUGAAUUUCAGUGAGGACAUUUUAAAUUUUGUUUUGCAAACUGAUGUGGAAAUGUGGAGAAAAGAACUUAAGGCUACAAAAAUAAGAAACUGAAAGAAACCAAAAUUGAUUGAUUUGUCCAUCCCUAUGCCAGAUUCAAUUUCACCACAUCAUCCUUAUUGAGUAGAAAGCUUUUAGGGCUUGGGCAUGCAGUUUGCUUCUUGGCCAUUAGAGUCAGUUCCUAUUAGUUUUAGAAGACAUUUUUUAAUUGGAGCUGCAUCAGCAUUUGAAAUCCAUGAUCACUUGGUUGGGCAUGAAGUAUUCAUAAUGAGGGGGGGAAACAUGUUUGCCUGUAUGAGUUGGCACUGUGGGGAACUUUAGUUGGUUGGGAAUUCUCCACUGUAUCCAUUUAUAUCACACACACACAUUUUAAAAUAUUAAAAGUUGCAUAUUUAUCAUGUAGGAUACAUAUACAUACUAAAACAACAUACUAUGAGUCUGUUCUGCAAAUACCACUACUGUCUUGGUUUUACAAUAAAUCUGCAAGUAUCAGGAAGCAGUAAUUACAAGUUAAAAGCACAGUCCAUUGAUACAUGACUUCUUGUUAUCCAGCAGAGGGCAAUGGUUAUACUACUUAGUAACUUUGGAUUGGCAAUUGGAAGUUUUGCUUUAAUUACCGUACAUGUAUUUAUUUAGUAUGUAUGUGCAUGUGCCAUCUUGUAAUUUUUUUUUAAUGUGUGGGGCAACUUAUAAAUAAAAUCAAUGUAUUUGCUAAAACAAAUAAGCUAAAUUUGUUGCCUGCUGUUCAUGAUACCCUUUCAAAUGUUUGAAACAUUGAGUUUAAUAUGCAUAUUGUGUUAAAUAUGCAACUCAGUUAUGUGAUAUUAAAUACAUGAGUAACAUUAGUUGAUGAGUUAACUUUUGUAUUUUGAAUAAAUUAUUAUUUAUUUAUUUAAUUUCUGUACUGCUCUUCAUCUGAAGAUCACAGGGCAGUUUGCAAUAUAAAAACACAAAAAUGCAUACUGUAAUAAUAAACCACCACAAUAACCCCAAUAGGUAAAUGUCUUCCUUCCUUCAACUUUUAUUCAAGAAAAUAAAAUGGGUUUGUUUACUGUUCCUUUCCAUUCAGAAUGUUAUUAACAAUUCAGUUCUAGGCAUGUCUACUCAAAAUUGAGCCCCAAUGAGAGGUAAGGUUUUGCACUGUAUUUUUUUUUUAAAUUGGAAAUUGAGUGAGUUUUACUCAUAACCAGAAACAAUUUAAAUAAUAUUUAUAAGAAAAAUACUCCUUGGGUAAGUGAGUAUAAGAUAAUCAUUUUUAUUCCUUUAUUUAUUACUCCUACUAUACCACAAAGGUCUGAAGGGAAUUUACAUUUAUGUAAAUUGCAGCAUGUCUCCAUUGUCUGGUGUAGGCUAUUUUUUGCAGCCAUAACACUGUAUGCAGUUUGUUCACAAUCCCUCUUAAGAUAUUUUGUCUAUGGCAUUAGGGACACGUGAUUCAGCUCUGUUACAACUUAAGAUAUAUUUCUGUAAUUAAUGAUACAUUAGACCAGAGCUUUCCAAACUUUUCAUGUUGGUGACACUCUUUUUAGACAUGCAUCAUUUUGCGACACAGCACCGUAUUUUUCACUCCACAAGACACACUUUUUUCCCUCCUAAAAAGUAAGGGGAAAUGCCUGUGCGUCUUAUGGAGCGAAUGCAUGGUCCCUGGAGCCGAAUUGCCCAGGGGCAAAAAGCAGACCGUGCUUUUUUUUUUUUUUUUUUUUAGAAAGAGGGAAGGGGGUUUGAAACAAAGCUGCUGAGCAGCUGAUCAGCAAGCAAUCAGGAGGGGAGAUAAGGGACUCUAGAGAUAAAGGAGGCUGCCUGGGAGGGGGGAGGUAAAAGCACAUGGAGCCUCAGGAUUUUUGCAUUGGGUCACCCGAAAUUCUCCAUCAGACCACAUAGCAUGUCCAUGGCUAUAGCCUGCACCAAAAAAUCAUGCAUCCAUUGUUUCGUAGGGCCACAAUGGCACAAAAACGUGGUUAAAAAGCAUGGAUUGACAUGGAUUCUCAAUAUUUUUGCAUUGGGCUACCCGAAACAUACCAUCAAAUAACAUAUCAUGUCUGUGGCCACAGCAUGAACCACAAAAAUCAUACAUCCACUGUUUUGUUCAGAAUAUUUUUUUUCUUGCUUUCCUCUAAAAACUAGAUGUGUCUUAUGGUCAGGUGCAUCUUAUGGAGCAAAAAAUACAGUAAUUCAGUUUUACCAGCAAACUAGAGGUUAAACGAACCCCUUUCCAGCCCUGGGAGGAGUGCAGUAAGAAUUUGCAUGGCACAUCUACGCCCUGCAGCCAACACACUAACAUGUCACAACCUACAGUUUGGAAAGCUCUGCAUUAAACCAUGUUUGACAGGAACAAACUAAUACGAUUAGAUUAGACAACAAUAAGCAACCUGUAAUAUUUUUUGCUUAUUGCAUCCUUUUGUUUUGUGUAUAUUUCUCAGGGAGGCAAGCCACUUGGAACAGUUCCUCUAACUCCUCGUAUAACUACAUUUCACUAUCCAAAAUCAAUAGAAGAGACAGAUUUGGUCAGACAUUAUUGCACAGAGCUGCUGUGGAAGAUGACCUAAAUGGUUUACGUGCAAUGAUAAAAGCUGGUGGAAAUGUAAAUACUCAGGAUUGUGCAGGUGAGCAGAAUCCCCAAUGUUAAUUUCAUCCAAUGAUGAAAUAAUAAUGUAUAAUAAUUAACUUGAGCAAGGCACAACUUAAUACUAAGCAUGUUUACUUAUCAUGUGUUCUGUGAUAUGCUAGUUUUACAGUAUAAGUAAGUGCUUAGGGCUGGGCCUGUAAUUUGUGUUAACUACCAUUUUGUGAAAUGGUAGUUAACGCAAAUCAUCUGCUCAUUCCAGGAGAAAAGGGGGAAACUGGUUAGUGCAUGAAGGGGUUCAGAUCAGAGAGCUGUGUUCCUAGACUCAACUAGGUCAUGCCCCCGCCUCCGAUGAGGGAGGAAAUGAAGCUUCUUCUCUUUCCUUUCCUCACCCUCUUUGUGCCAUGUACCAAACCAGGAAGGACAUGUCUGAGCUUGCUGCAAUCUCAGAUCUCAUACUUGAAACUAUAGUCUGUAUUGUGUAUCCAAGUGUAUUCUACCUGUGUUCACCUAGCUGCUGCUUGGAUCAGCACAUGAAUCAUACCUUUGGAUUUUGUAAGUAAAACCUUUUAAACUUACUUAACAGUGUGUGGUCUGUUCAUUUUCUCAUUACUUUCCUGAUGGGCAUGUGGAAAUAUGCCUUCAGCAGCUCCUGCCUAUCCUUCAACCUCCGGAAUUUGAAGGAGAAAUGUGGGAGGGGGUGUCUGAAUGCUAGGAUGUUUACAAAGCACUGUUUGAAAGCACCAUGGUUUGCUCUGAAGUCCUAAUAAUCAGGGCUUUAAAGGGAAGCAUCACCUGAUAUCACUUUGAGAUCAGGUCAUUGACGGUGGGCGGCCCCAGCCACCUGUCAGCUUCAGUCUGUCCGCAGUUGGGGAGAUAAAGAUUUGGCCCUCUGGCCAGAAAACUUCCUUCACUUUAUUUGCACAGACCUUUUGGUCUGUGCUUGAAUGUCUCUCACAGAAUUAACUGUCUGUUGGCACCUUUAGCCGCCGUAGCAGUUCUAAGAUAUACAAUAGGUUGCUAGUGUUCCAUUCUUCCCCUUUCCACUACCUAAAUCCUCAAAAACCAGUCAUAGUCUCCAGGAGGGGAAUGUUUUCUGGCCAGAGGGAAAUGCAAGUCAUUAGAAAAUAAUCCUAUAAAAUAUAUGGCCUAAAUUCUAAGAAAGGAACACAAAAAAUAAGUAUUUUUUUGAUGCCACAGGUUGGACUCCACUGCAUGACUCCAGUCUGGCUGGAUUUUGGUGGACAACAAAUGAGCUUUUAAAAGCAGGAGCUGAUGUUAACUGUAAAGGAAGUGAAAAAAUAACACCAUUACAUGAUGCAGUUAAAGGUGGUCACUAUAAGGUAAUGCUUCUGUAUUUGAAAAUACGUUGCAAUUUAUCUUCUACAAAAAGCCACAAGGAAAGCCAUUGUUUAUCCUUCUUAAAGGCACAGAUGCUAUUGUUUUGGGGUGCUGCUGCAGUGGAAGCUGGCUGCCAUGAAAAACCAUGUGACAAGGACCAGGAGGCAGAGAUUAAAAUAGGGAAAACAAAGAUUUAGAGGCCUGGUCUGGUCCAUUUGUUUUUAUAUAUGUAUUGGUUUGUCUGCAAAAAAAAAUUAGAGGGUAGCCCAUCCCCAAAUAAUUUCUGGGUAUGGAAAGUAGUUAUAAAGAAGCUUUGUUAUCUCCUGUUUUGAGCUCUUGUCUUGCACCAUCUAGUGGAAAAAAGAAAGAAAUAACUGUCUUGAUUUUUCAAAUGCUUGAGAAGGUCCAAGAGUUCUCGUAUGUAAUAAAACUUCUGCAAGAUUUGCCAUCAUUUCUGUCUGAAGAUCUGUUUAGCUGUGGAGAGUCCUUAUCUGUCUAAAGCUGUUCCCAAGUACUGGGAGUCUUUAGUUCGCUUCAUUAUAUUUAAGAAAUGCCCUUUCCUUUCCUUUCCUUUCCUUUCCUAUCCUAUCCUGUCACAAUUGGCAUUCCUUCUUUCUUUGCAUGUAUUUUGCUAAUUUUAUUAUAAUUAACUGUACUGUACUUAGAAGAUUGGGGGGUUAUUUAUUUUAGACAUUCAGUAAGACAUCUGUGGAAUGUAAACAUAGACUAAAUUGAUCCUGUUUGUCUCUUCUAAAAGAGCUUACAUAUUCCAUUAGUCUUCUGAGGUGGUAUUCAACUGAGUUUCACCCAGAGUAAACCCACUGAAAUUACUUGACCUAACUUAGUCAUAUUCAUUAAUUUCAGUGGGUGUCCUCUGAGUAAAACUCGGAAUACCACCUCUGAUUUGUAGAUUUCUUAAACAGUCUACCAUAUUUUACAAAAGUUGUGUGAGUUUAUUUAUGACAGUGUUGUAACCACUCCUUUUUUCAUUUUUGCUGACAGUGGCAACGAUGUUUACAUUUGAUUUUAGGGAUCUAACAAGUCAGAAUGCUGCACAAGCUUAGUGGUGUCCAGAGCCAUGGAAUGUUGAGAAUGUCAGUCUUCAGGGACACCCCCCUCCCAAGUACAUAGUAAUAAAGUGCUCAGGCCCCAAAACCAACUCCUUUCACAUUAUAAGUGCAGUGCAGGAAGGUUUCAGGAAGAUGAAACGAAAACCUGUGUGUUUUUUGCUGAAACUUCCUCCUUUCUUCAUCAAGUUUAAUAAGUACUCUUGUUCCAGGCUGUCUGAGCCCCAAACAGAACCAUUUCCGUUAGGGGCUGAGGAUGAGCUGCAACAUUUUGUUGCAGGGUCCUACUUGCUCAUAUUAUAUCUGUAACUACUGUAUAAAAUUGCAAUGAGCAGCAGUGACUUUGACUUUUAGUUGCUGUGGAGCGACACCUGUGGCCGUUCUGUAUGAUGAGUGAGAUACGGAAAGUGUGAAAGCGUUAGGAACAAAUGUCGAAGCAUCUUUACCUCUAGGUGGCAGAGUUACUACUUAGGUAUGGAGCUGAUCCACUGUUAAAAAAUGAGAGAGGGAAGAGUGCUUUAGAAGAAGCAACUGACAUGCGUAUGAGGAAACUACUUGCAAGUUUUAUAGCUAAAUCUAGAAGAAGGUCAACAUCAGGUAAGAAAGAGCUAUACUUAGACUGACACUCAUUCACAAAGGAACUACAAGAAAUGUUUUUACUCCAAAUUUGAGAUUUGUUCUGUAUGCAGAUAGGACUUUGUCAACAUAGCUUCACCAGAGCACUGGAAUAUAACAAAAUGACAUAUGUAUACAGUAUUUGUGUUUUGGAUUAAUUAAGCAGGAAUUACUUUCAAGUGAUACAGUCAAUUUUACAAUAUAUAGGGCAUGCAUUCUUGCAAACUUCAAUGGAAGCAAGAUGUUUUUCUUAGCAUUUUUAAUGUUACAAAUCUAGUAAUGUUUUCUUUGAAUUUUGUUCCUCUAUGGCAAGCAUCAAGCUGUAUCACACAGCUCCUCCAGAUAUGAGUAGCACUUCCAAUUUUUGGUAAAUAAAAAGAAAAAUCUGAUCUCAAAUUCAUAUUCAUGGAAUAAAAAAAGCUGAUGUAAAAUUGUUGAACAAAUCUUGAACUAUGAUGAAGUUCUGAAAUUGGUGUGUGUAUUGAAGGUAGCUAGAAUCAUACAUUGUAAGUGUGAAGCAGCUGUAACAUUUUAUUUUGAUCUGUGCAAUUUUGUAACAUGUGCGAAGAUCUGCCACAUUUGAUUCAUUUUUUCUUUGAAAGCUCAGCAAUGAUUGGCAGAAUGAUAACACUAGAGCAAAACAUGGCAUCCACAUUCAACACAUAGCCCCCAAAACUCCCCUCCUUCUGAGUCUUGAAUGUCCACAAAUAGGAUGGCUACCAAGAGGCAGUUUCCAAGCCUGAGAGUCACAAAAGUCAUCUUGCAUGGUGAGGGUCAUUGUGCAACAGCAACGAAGUGGGGCAGCCAGCAAUUUAAGACUGAGGGCUUUGAUUCAAUAACACCCUGAGCUCCACCCUUUGCACAGCUGCUCAUCAUCUGAGCUAACACAGUUCAGGUCUACUCAUGAGGAGCAGCCUGCCUCUCAGAUGGGCACUGUGCCAUAUAGUCAUUGCCCUGUCUUGGAACUUCAUGAGGCAGCAUGAGGAUUUGGAGGUGGCUCAUUCUUCAUCUCCACUUCUGAGUUCUGGUCUUGCUGUGGCAAUGAUCAGGGGUCCCCAGUGCCAAAGAGCCUGGGCUCAGCAUCACUGUCAUCACAUCCUGCCUAUUCCUCUGUCACGUUCUUCAGAGGGGGCUCUGGGUCCUCCUUCACAGAAGCCUCCUGCUAUGGGAGCAUGGCAAAUGUCCAUGUCAGAAGAGUUCAGCCGGGAUAGGAUAAUUACAGUGGGACAGAGUUAUAUUUUUCAGCCAGACUAAUUUGCUGUGUCUCUUCUCAUUCUGCUAUUUCUUCCUGUGUUGCCUCCUUUGAUCAGAGGUUGUGUAAGAACCAACUCAGAUGGUGCAUAUGCUACUUAGUUCUUCCACAAUGAAAUUAUUGUUGUUUAAGAAGAGGUUUGACAGAACCUUUGGGUGACAGCUGAUGCAGUAUUUAAGAACAGAGCUCAGAGGCCACCCUACUUCCAUUUUUGCAAUGAAAAUAACUGGUGUACAGCACAUAUCAGUGAUCUGCAUGGUCAUUCAGCUAUCAGUUACUAUCUCUAUCCCAACUUCAGACAGGCUAUCAGCUGUUUCACAUUUUUUUAAAAAAUAAAAAAAACCACACACUCAUUCAUACAUAAUUUUAUAAAUGUAUUUUUUAAGAGGAAAACUUGGAGACGGCUUUUUCUAACAGUUUUUGUGUGUCAUUAAAAAUCAGGCUUAAAAAAGCAGAUCCAAAUAUCUUCCUUGAAUGUAUUUUUAGCUGAAAGAGUUUUAGAAGACCCAGUGAGUGACCAAAGUAGAAUUGAGAGCCAGCCUAAGGUAAAAGUUAAAAUGAAUUUUCAAUACAAGUGAGUAGUGAAAUAUAAUAGUCAAGUAACAGUCAAGGUAUUUAAUUGCAGAGGUUUUCUGAAGUGUCUUCAAGGUCCUAACCAUAAUAAUUAGUUUCUAACUAGUAAUAUCAAAUGUAUUGAACCAGAGACACUGCCAAAUUGGAGGGUAUUUUCUGUCACUCCACCCCACCCCCUGACCCGGCUGCUCUGCUCUCCUUGGAAGGAGAAGGGGAUGCCACUUACCUUAAAUGUACGAGGCAGCCAAAGGUUGUUUAAUUCUUUAUUAUUACUCUUUGAAAGGAAGGAUUCUAACCACUUAAAUCAGCGUGAGUGUCUCUACACCCAUUGCCCCCACCUACACUUCUUAGAAGAGCUUCAGUUCUGGAGGCAGCAUGGUGCUGAAGCCGUUCCAGAAUUGUGGCUAAAAGGAAGCAGCCAACCACAUUUUCUGGAGCUGAAGCCCUUCUAGGAAGGCCUUUUUAGAAAACUUAGGCAGAGGGAAUGGGCAUCAAGAGAUCUGCACUGCGGUGAGCUAUGCAAGCCUCUCGUUAAAAGGUUAAAAAAUAAAAUAAAAUACGGGGGGAACCCUUGGCUACCUUGUACAGUGGUACCUCAGGUUAAGAACUUAAUUUGUUCUGGAGGUCCAUUCUUAAUCUGAAACUGUUCUUAACCUGAGGUACCACUUUAGCUAAUGGGGCCUCCUGCUGCCGCUGCACCACCACCGCACAAUUUCUGUUCUCAUCCUGAAGCAAAGUUCUUAACCCAAGGUACUAUUUCUGGGUUAGCGGAGUCUGUAACCUGAAGUGUCUGUAACCUGAAGCGUCUGUAAUCUGAGGUACCACUGUAUAUUUAAAGUGAGCAAUAGCCCCACUUUCCUCUCCUCUCGCAAGAAAUAAGCCUCCUCAGCUUGCUUGUGGGUCCCCUUAGCUGCAUGGGGUCCUCUAAUUGCCACAGGGCUACAAAGUUGAACGCUUUUGUCUUGAUCCAGCGGCACUACAGCAUUUAUUUAACAUAGCGUGGAACAGAUUUUUUAUUGUCCUGUGGUAAUUCCCAAUCUUUUUUCUUCCCUAUUGUUAUCAAAACCCAUUCAUGUGAAUAAAUAUUGGGUGGGGAGUAGGAAAUAUAUCCUGGCCAUUACUUCUGUUUCUCUUCUAUUAUCACUGUUUGCUUUUCCAGGGAAAAACAUGCUCAGAUGAAAGAGUUCGCCAUACAUCUAAGGAAAAUAUUAAGGUACUAAAGCAACAGAGGGUAAAGUCAGAACCAAGUAAGAGAAAAAGGACUUCACAAAGAAAUUAUGCUUCCAAAAUGUGCAAUAGUUGUUCACUAGUGAAUGCUACAACAUCUGAAGGUACAUGUCUGGUUUCAAAGGCAAAGCAGUCAGUCAGGGGAAGACCACCAUCUUUGGGAGCAUCAGGUGACAAAAGAAGAAUAAAUGGCCAGAGGAAGGACAUUCAGAAUGGUCCUGCAACUGAUCUUACAUUGGUCUCAGAAAGAACAGUUGGAUCUUCAGAGUAUCACCAGUAUAAUUCGAACAGAAGUUGUGAAGCUGAAGAAGACUGUAACAUGGCAAUGGGGUCAGAAAUGCAGCGAGAGAGUGACUCUAAUAAUAGUAUUGAUGACUGUCCAUCAGAAAGAAAAGAGGCUCUUAAAAGCACUGAACUGGCAGGAGCAACAAAAGAUCAAGCAACUAAUUCCCAUACUGUCACAUCACUGAAUCCUGUUGAAGAAGAAUCUGCUUUAGCUUCUGAAACUGAGGUAGUAAAUGAACCUAAUUUGGAUUCUACACACUUCUUAUGCAAAGACAUCAGUUUGCCUUUGCAGGAGGACAGCCAGUAUGCAAUGAAACAUAAUAAAGGGUCUAAUAGUCUUAAAGUUGUUACUUUAGAGGACAACCUUCAUACUGCUGAAGAGAAGCUUGUCUGGACAGUAAGCGAGGGCAUCUUUAUUCUUGCUUCUGAGAAAAAUAGAUCACUAGACCAGUAUAUGCAUUCUGAAAACUCUGUAGAUCAGAUUAAUCUGGACAACCAUAGUUUGGGGCAUGAACUGGGUGUGAAAGAGCCUUUAUCUAUAGCUGAAUCUGUAUGUUUAGAAGAAAACCCAUUUGAGUCAAAAAUCUCAACCAUCUCAAUGUUGCAAGAAAUUGCACUUCUCAGUGAUUCAGAUUGUACAGUCCUUUCUGAAGAAUACAAUUUAAAUGCAGGCCAAAACCCAGGUGAAAACACCUCUAGAGCUGAUGGAAUCUGUAAUGAACAAGCAGUUCAUGUUUGUAUGGAACUAUCCUCAACAAUUUCACAGAGUAUUAAUAGAGUUGGUGUUUCUGAAAGUCCCGGCACUUGCAGCUUCAGUGAGCAAAGAUUUUUAACUCCACCUGUGCAUGAGGGCAUUAUGAUGGGAAGAGCAGAAGGAAAUGUUGGGAAAUGUUGCUUUGAGAGAACAGGAAAUGGUAGUAGGACUGAGAACAACACAGUCCUCCCUUCACAGAUGCUGGACAAAGACCCAUUCCAAGGUAAUCCAUUCAGAGAAGAUAGAGAGAUUGCUGAAAAUGCAAUGAUACAAAAGGAGAGGUGGAGAGAGAAAAAUAGACAUACGUCUAACUUCCAUUGUGAUUAUUUUUAGUGCAGCAUUAACUUUUUUAUUUACUGUUGAUUGAGGUAGUUUUAUUAUAUUUUUAUCAUUUGUUGAUAAUCCGAACCCUUGAAAUUAUUAAUUGAAGGGCCAUGUAAAAAGGAUUCAAAUUAAUCUAAUUAUUUCAUUUAUUUAUUUUAAUAAUUCAUAAAUUACUGUAGUUUCUAAGCAGAAAAUUAAAAUAUAUCCCUGAUUCAACAGUGAAAAAGAGUAUUUAAAGAGUCUUUAAAAUGCAGAAAUUGCACUGUUGGCUGAUAAGAAGGGAUUGUGGGGCAAAAGGUACCCCAGUUACCAUCCCCAAAUAGCUGAUAGAUGCACUUAUGGCUUUCAAAGAAAGUGUAAAGUUCCCCUGUGAAACCUAAAGGCAGUUAGACUUGCGAGCAUGCUGGGGAUAAUUCCUGUUCAUUUCAUAGAUCAUCUUCAUAAGAUUCCUUGUAGUAAGAUAUGGUAGUAAUCUUUUUAUGAUUUUCUGCAAUGAGUUAAAUUAGUAACCUACUCUACAUUAGGGUUACCACUGCAUGUAAAAACAGUUGGCUCCAAAUGUUCUUUUAAGCAAGGCUUAAUACUGAGCACCUUAGUAAAAAUUAUGGCAUUUUAUAUUAGCACAAUGAAACGUUUGCCUGGUUUGCACCUCACAUUAAAUCGUCGUUAAAAUCAACGGGUUUAACAUGAACAAACAGCAUGCAGGUGCUUCACUCCUGUGCCUCCAUGCUUUUUGGAAACAAGCCAUGGUCUGAUUUGUCACGUCAUUUGAACUCAGGCUUGUGGUUUGUUUCCCCAAAACAAAGCAUGAACAGUAAGCCAAGAACAAGGUUUAGUUUCUUCUCAUAGUUUGGAGAGAAACAAGCCAUAAGGUCAGGUUUGGGUAGCAUGAAAAGCCAGCACAUGCCUUGUUUCCCAGCAGGAGCAGGGGAGGAGUAAAGCAUCCACAAUUCCAGCAGUAGGCACCAGUAUGUUGCUCAGCCACAUAAACCAUAGUUUAUUUUAACUACAGCUUAAUGUGAUGCACGAAACAAGCUAUUGCUACACUAUCUUUUGUUUCAGAGCAAGCAAUAGAAAUGUUAAUAGAUUUUUAUAGAAGCAUUUUGUAAUAAUUUUCUGUGGAAUCUUAAAAAGUUUGGUGAAUAUUUCAAGAGCAGCAGGCAGCUCAUACUAAUCAUGUCUGUAAUAAUAUACUUUAUGGUAUUUUCAUUAACAUUCCUCAUGGAGACACUGCACUUUUUUAUUCAACAGAUAAAUCACUACAAACUCAGAUCCUAGGAAAAUGUUACAGUGAGAAGAAUGAUAAAGAAAAUUCAAACAAUACUCCAGAUGUAUCUUUACAGUCAAAUGAAUUAGAAACUAUCCAAAGUAAAAGAAUGGAAUCUAUAUCCAUUGAGGAUUGCCAAAAUGCACAUUUGUGUUCUAGCAAUAGUGCAACUCCUUUACAGUUUAAUUCGACUGAGGAGCAGCAAAUCCCACAUUCAUUAGGUAAGACAGGUAUGGUUAACCUGUGGCCGUCUCGAUGUUGCUGAACUACAACUCCCAACUUCCCAUUGGCUGUACUGGUUGGGGUUGAUGGGAAUUGUAGUUUGGCAAUAUCUAAAUAGGAAAAGGUUAACCACCCCUUAGGUAAGCUGUUAAUAACAUUGCAGAAAUGAAUGUUGUGGUUGAAUUGAGUCAGAUUUCCACUGUCACUUUGAGAUUGUUCAGACAUACCUUGGCCUCCAAAAGAAUAUCUGAGGCGCAGCUGGAAGAGGACUAAAAGCAGGGGCAGCAGGUCCCAUUUCACCGAGGCAAAAUGAGAAGGUGUCACUCCCACCACAGCCUCAUUUACCUGGGUCGUGCAGUGGCACCCAUGAAGUGGAGAUGAUGGUGGUGGGUUCCGGCAACUUCUCACAAAAUCUUGCAGACUGCAUGAGAUCUCAUGAGAUCUUGGUGGAAGCUGCCACCACCACAUCACUGCCAAGGCAGGGCAGCCAUGGGGACACUUUCUCUUGGGCUUCCACCACCUGAGGUGGCUGCCUCAGCUUGCCUCAGGGGUGGGCCAGUCCUGACUCAAAGCUCAUACAGUCCUUCCUUUCUUCCUUGACUAGUUUAAGAAUCUAAGUUAAUGGAAUGUCCCACAUAUAUUUGAAAGUGGAAUCUCCUUGACCUUUUACAUAUAAGCACUUUGUGCCUUGCUUAGAUUCAUUCUCUUUUAAGUCAUUGCUCUUCUCCAUUUUCUCCCGAAAUUAUUAUUAUUUUAUUAUCUGUAAGGUACACAUGAUAAGGCUAUAUGAACUCAUGGUUAUUAUAAAAAAUGUGUGUGUGUGUGUGUGUGUGUAUGUACAUACACACACACAUAUAUGCAUAAACAUAUAUUUGUAUAGAUGUUAUCUGAUAACAGAAGACUGAAGAAGACGGACUAAUGUUAUGUAAACUUUAGGAGACAUAAUUGUUUUAGAUUUACACAGCUGAAGUUCAAAAGGUUGUUAAUGUUGACACUGAUGUGUGAAUAUUUUACACCAGUGUCUUUGAAAGCAUGUUUUGGCAAGUGGUAUUCCUUUAAAAAGUAUUGGCCAGCAUCUAGCAUUUGGUGUAGCAGUGCCCCUCAAAAUACCUUAUGUAAUUAUUAAUGAGUGCAAAAUAUGUCUUUAGACUCUUCACAUUCUAGUGAAAAGGAGAAACUAGCUUCUUCUGAUCAGCUGCUGUGUACCAUAAAACCAAGAAUAAACAAAACAAAUGCCAAAGGAGAAACUUGUUUGCAUUUGGCUGCUAAAAAAGGAGAUUUGUCUUUAGUGAAAUCUUUAAUAGCAUCUGGAGCAUGUGUAAAUCAGAAAGAUAAUGCAGGUGUGGUAUUCUUGAUUUGUAGUUUAAAUGUUUUCUGCUAUGCUGUGACCCUAGAAUCAUCUCUCUCUCUCUCUCUCUCUCUCUCUCUCUCUCUCUUAUCAAAUUCUCUUCUUCACUGCCAACAGCAACAUCCAAAUAAGGAUGCUUCAUGGUUAUAUUGGAUUAAUAUUAUGCUCCAUGGAGAAAUAUAUAUAUAUACUGAUAUAUACAUAUGGAAACAUGCACACUGUAUUCGAACAGAUGUCUAGUAGAUGAAUAGGUGUGCAAAUAUGUAAAGUGGCCUGGAUCUAAAGCGCUAUUAUAGUUGGAAAAAAGAAAUUUGGGUGGGACUUUGAACUGCUUUUUAUGAACAACAGAUCAUAAUCUGCCUUCAAAACUCCUUUCAAGUUCAAAGUUCUCUUGAGCACCUGGAAAAAGCUGUACAGUUAUUUGGAUCCAGGCCAAUGUAGGAAAAUUAUUACAUAUUAUUAGAUGUGGCAACAUGAUAAUGGGCCUUUUAUUCAGUAGCUCCCCAUUUGUGGGGUGCAAAUAGCUUUAAACACCAGGCUCAAACUUCCCACUUCACCCAGGCUUUUGACUAAUUAAAAAAUUAAACUGUGUGUGAGGGUCAUUGUUUAGUUUGUUAUUAUGCUACAUAUUUUUGUGGUUUUAUACAUAAACCACCCUGUGAUCCUUGAAUGAUGAAUGGUAUCUUGAUAACAACAACAGCAAUAUUAGGUAAAGGCUCAUGCAUCUUACAGACUCAUAUCUAACUCUGGUUUUACUAGGCUGGACAGCAAUUCAUGAAGCUUCCAAUAAGGGCUUUACUGAGAUUAUCGAAGAGCUGCUCAAAGCUGGUGCUGAUGUGAAUUCUAAAAGCCUGGAUGGUGUUUUUCCAAUUCAUGAUGCUGUUUCAGGCAACCAUUUUGAGGUAAUGUUGUGCUAACCAGCCUCUCUCUCGUCCACCCUCUAUUUACCAGUGUGGCGAUCACACAGGGUCCCUGGACAUUUGACGGUCUAUUGAUCCUUGUGCCACCACUGUGCUCGCUUUCCCACUGCCACCAACCCAUUACUCUUGGGUACAUACUGAGUCCAGACAGUUGUUAAAAUUAAACCAAAUAAACAAGUUUAUUUUAUAAGUAUUAACAUGUUUAUGGUUUCUCAGAUAAUUUUCUUGUCAGUUUCUUAACUUUAGUUUCUUUACCGGCCUAUACCUUCCUAAUACCUUCUGACUGAUUAUAUAUAUCAACUGUUUGACUGACUCCUCUUAACAGAUUCUCUCACUCUCUCACAUCAGACUAGCCCAACCCACAGACUUAUCCUCCCUCUUUCUUCUCUAACCCCAGACUGACUUCUCAACAACUCUAACUCUAACUCCUCCCCUUGGGUUCCUAUUGGUUAGUCAUUUUACACUUCGUUAACCCUUUCCUUAUGAACCCAGUAUGAUGUCACACACCUAGGAGGGCAAAUGUCACAACCAGCUUCAAAGCGUGUUUCAAAUCCUAAUUAAGAAGGACCUAAUUGAAUUAAUAAAGGGUUUGCCAACAUAACAACCAUAGGGUUCACAUGUUCCUGCAGAGGCCUUCAUUAGAGCCCACUGUGCCUCCUCCACCUCACUGAAACUCGCCUUGACAGAAGCAUUCUGUUGUAGUCCAUAGACAAGGUUGUGGUAUGCACUUGAUUGCGAUGUUUAUGUGUAGUGCCUACAUCAGUUUCUCUGGUUUACAAGUACGCCCACAGGCCCUAAAAUAUUAGCAGCCUCUGAUAUAGAAGGCACCUUGUUUGAAGGGCUUUUGAUGUCUAUGGCCUGGGUAGGGAUGGGGAAGAAAUUAGGUUUGCUUGGUGUUUUUGCAUUUUAAUGAGAGCUAUCUGAUUUGCAAACUGAUACAGAAACUGAAACAUGAUUAUCAUUUUAAAUUCAUCACUUCUCUGAAUUUUGUGACACAGUUGCCCAACCAAACAAUGUGUACAUAAAUGCUUAUAUUAGUGGGAAGUGUGUUUAAAAUGCAUGUAUUAGUGAAAACAAUAUAUAAAUUGCUUAUAUUAGUGAACACAUCAUAUAAUUUUUUUAUCUUGAGGAAACUGCUUGCAUAGUAUUGGCAUAUGUAUGUCAAUACUACACUUAAAUGUAUUUAUCAGGAGAAAUAUGCACUAACAUGCUGACUAGUUUUCAUGAAGUUUUUUUUUGUGGGGGGGAGUAUAAAUUGCUGCAGAACUGAGUGUGGAGUGUGGACUUUAGUAUUCAAAAAAUGAGAAAAUGGGAGAACUGAAAUUGUCAGAUUCAUCCGUCCCUAAGCUUGUCUCUGGCGUGCCCUGGUCCAUGGGGUCACGAAGAGUCGGACAUGACUAAACGACUAAACAACAACAAUAACAACAAGCCUGUCUUUGCAUUUAGCCUUUGAUAGAGUAGGUAGUGAUAAAACACAGAGUCCAACUUAGGUUUUGCUUCUGGAUUCUUUUAUUUUCCCAACAUCUCUUGGAGAUACUCCCUUUGUACCAGUUUAUUGGCCAUCACAAAUCCUUUCCUCUUCUAAUUCCCUCAUCAUUUUUCAGUUAGCAACAUAUAUGCAACAAUGUAUAUUCUUGUUUUAAACUGGUUUUUUUACUAUAAUGUUAUUGUUUUAUUUUUAUUUUUUUUGUAAGCUGUUUUGAGGUUUUAUUACCCUGAAGUGGUAUAUAAAUGUUGUAAAAUAAAAUAAAUACAAUUUUAAAACGAAUCGGAAAAAGGAAGCUGAAUGUCUGUUUCUGAUCUUAACAUUUGGCCAGUCUCUGGACUAUUGUAAGAGCAGAGGAACAUGAAAAAAUAGUAACUAGACCAUAGGAGUGAAUAAUUAAGAAAUGUGUUGCAGGCAGCACAGUGUCUACUACUUCAUGGUGCAAACCCAAAUGAGAUGGACGACUGUGGGAACAAUGCCCUGGAUGAAGCCACCUGUGACAAAAUGAAAGAACUCCUUAAAUCUUAUGGUGCUACUGAGACCAAAGAGGCUCAUCAGACGACUGAUGUGCUUGGUAUGUCCCUUCCUUCAUAUUAACUGCAACUUUCUUUAUCCUUUUUAAAAAGCAUCCAAUAGCAUGAUAAGCUUCCUGAAGUCACUUGUUUUCCAGCACCCUGGUCCUAUUGUAAUUAAUUCUCCAUUUUAGUGUGUCUUAAGUGGAUUUGAUUUUCAGAAGAAGGUAUCAAAUGGCAAAUACGCACAUGUGCAUGUGCACAACCAGAUUCCCCCCCCCCUGUACUUAAUAUAUGUGUACUCAAGCUGAUACUGUGUUGAUUUGGUACAUUCAUAACUUAUUUUGAAACUAUAAUCAUUAUUUCUUGAUUUAGGCGAAAAAGAGUUACACACUUCUAGGUCUAGAAAAAUCCAUAGCUGCAGUAGCUGUGAAGAGGAUAACAUGGUUUCACAGCUCAAUUCAGCUAAACAGAGCUGUGACACAGUGAGUAUAGAUAGUUGAGCAGUUUUGUUUCCAUGCGUUAGCAUCAAAUGUGGCAUGUAUGAAGUUGCUGAAUCGUGAAUUACGUUUGUGUUAUGUGACGUUUCUGUUCACCUUUUGGCCAAAAAGGCAGCUCAUAAAACUUGUAAACACAAAAUCCAAACAAUACAAUAAGAUACAACUUACACAAGAUUUAAAUAGUAAUAUUUCAAUAACAUAUUUAAAAGAAAGGAAAUAAAACCCAAAGAAAUCUCCCACUCCAUGAAAGCAACCCCUGCCCAUGCCAAAAGAGAGCAGGAAUAACCUGACUCCUUCUUUCCCCUUUGGCAACCAUUACCCAGUCAGGGAGAGGCAGAACAGCUCGCCCCUGACUGUUCCAAGCACAGUCUUUUCCUUGCAUCAGGACUUCCUAGGCAGCAGCUUCUUAUAAGAUGUGAUGAGUAUGAGUUACUCGUGCGUAAACUGGUGCCUCUCUAGGCUAAUUUGCCUUGUUAAACCUUUCUGACUGCGCAGCCCUUUCUAAUUGUGACUGGCUCAGUCACUGGCAGAAUCCGUCAGUGGGCGUUUCUUGAACCUCUUCCAACAUAAGAGUUGUUUGACACCCAGUCUCCUCCUCCUCUCACUGCGCGGGAGUCUUCUGCGCAGGGAGGGCGUGGGUAGCGGAGGACCUGUCCCCUCCUCACUGAGUUCCAGUGAAGAGUCCUGGAGCCCUCUCUCCGAUUCCCCCAUCUGCCCAUCUUUAUCCCUGGUGUUGCGCUUAAAUGCUUCCCCCUCCACUGAGCUGCUUCUCCCCCUGCUGCUGGGUCCUUCUCCAGCAUCAUCUAGGAGCCUCCCCUUCGCCUCUCGCUCCGAGGUUGGUUCCCUGACAUAAGAGUUCCAGGCAAAGCUGAUUAAAAAAAAAAAAAUGCCUUUCUGCACGCACAAGGUGUAUUUCACUUACACAAAGGAUAUUCUGCACCUCAUGUUACUGUGUUACACAAGAAAAGUGGAACCUAUUCCAAAACUACUCUUCCGCUUGUAGUUGUGUUGUUUUUGCCAGCAUAAGUAUUAUAGAAUCUAUGUAUCAUUGCACGUCAUGAACUCUUCCCCUGGUGCUUGCACUUCUGCUUUUUGCUGAUGGUUCUUUGGAUCAGACCACAUGUUUUGCAGACAGUAGCAGCACAAACCUUCAUAACAGUAAAUCACUGUACACCUUUCUCUCUUUGUAAGUUGUGUGCACCUAUCCAUCCAACACAGCUGGCUCAGGUAAAAUACCUGGCCGCUUUCCAAGUUCUCAUGUUUUAGUUCAGUUCCAGACUGCCUGUCUUUAAUAAAGCGAACAAUGAUUUUCAUUUGACAGCACGAGUCCAUCAACGAAGUAUUGCAGAAUAUAGAAGAGAAACAGGAUAGACUUUUGCUCUUUGAAUUAAGAAGCCAAAGAGAUGCAGGUGUGGAUAAAUUGUAUAACCCAUGAAAGAUUGGCUAAAUGUGUGUUUCAUUGUUAUGUUGGAGUAACAGUCUUUUUGUAACUCCAAAGUUGCGUCUUGGAUUCAUGUUCAUAGAUGCUGGAAAGACUCCCAUUGUAAAAACUGGUGAACCUACUACAUUGAACAGGCGCAAACUUCUGAAGCUUGGGACUCAAACUGGAGCAAUUGGGGGCUGCCUCAAUAUGAUCCAUCCCAAUCCUGUGUUGUCCUGAACUGUCCCAAUUCAGUUCAGGAUCCAGUGUAUAACUCUAACAGGAAGCAAAGGGCAUGGUCCCUAAAGACAGCUUUCCUUAAGAAGAGGUGCCACCAUUGGGUGUUGCCUCAUUGGCACAGGGUGGCAGUUCCUGCCUGAUUGAGGUCCAUCUACCUUCCUCAUUUUAAUAUUUAGGAGGAAUUUUAAAAUAUUCCUGUUCACUCAGAUGUUUAAUGACUGAAAGCUACUGAAGGAUGCUGUUCCUGCCAACCUUGAAAUGGUUAGCUGUGAAGGUACAGUCGUACCUUGGAAGUCAAACAGAAUCCAUUCUGGAAGUCUGUUUGACUUUUAAAACAUUCAGAAACCAAAGUCAGAAGCCGUGGAAGCCCCAUCGGACGUUCGGGUUCCAAAGAAUGUUCACAAAACGUGCGAGUACCAAGGCAUUUGGGAUCCAAGGUACGACUGUAUUGGAUUGUUAAAUUUUUGUUUGUUUGUUUCAUUUUGCUAGUUUAUUAGUUACUGUCCUCAGCUGUAAGGACAGAAUAGAAAUAAAUUAAUAUUCUCUGUGAUAUUGGCAUGGAUUUUGUAUUGCAUACAAAAUUGUAUAGGCUUGUAAAGCAAUUUGUAGGAUGAAAUUUGCUUUAAAAAGCUCAAGAGUAGACAAUACUAGCUGAUUUCUCUGUCACAUCGUUUUAACUGCCACAUUUUUAUUGCCUUUGUUACAAAUUAUCAAAAGGAGGCAUGUCAGUUUAGUCUAUUAACUUAUUAAAUCUGUAAAUAUUAAACAGAUCUAUAUAUCCAAGAUCUAUCUCAGAUACAGAACAUUCUGAAUGCUGUACUUGCCAAACAGAAAUCAGAAAGGGAUGAUCUUGCUAAGAAAUACAGGUAGGCAGAAGAAAAACUAUAGGUUUUUCUUUUCUUUUUUUUUACAAAAUAGAGCAUGGAAUUAUUAUUUUUUACUUUGAAAUCAAGCAAAAUUGUAGUAUGCUACCAACAUUCUCAGACCCUUCAUCAGUUUUAAACCUUGUAUACUUCCCAUUAAGUUAAAUCAAUCCUGGUUCUACAAAAAGUAGUAAAGAUCUGGUGCUGCUUUGGCAUCUGUUUUUAGCUGUUGUGAGAAUUACGCUUUUAUUUAUUUGUAUUGUUUUAAAUAAAAAUCAGUAUGACUAAAAUAUUUCAAAAUAGGAUUCUGCCUUUUAAAAAAUGUUUGCUACCUUCAUUUAGGGUGGUUUAAAAAAGCUUUUGUUAUUCGUUAUUUUUGUGAUUCAUUAUUAGGGAAGGUUGAGAAAUUUGUUCUUUGCAGAUUUUGAUACAAACUGGCCUGAUCCACCCCCUGGAUUAAUACAUGAAUCUGAACUCUGUUACUCUUUUUAAUUUUGCACAUCUCUGAAUAUUGUGGUGCAAUUUAAAAACAAAAAGGAGAAGCAUGCAAAAUGUGUAUACUUUAGGAUAGAAUACAUUUUGGCAUAUAUAUUUGUGAGAAAGUAUGUUUUGGAAUACACAUUUUAAUGCAGAUUCUUUUUUUUAAAAAAAAAUCUGCAUUUAAAAAAAAUCUACAUAUUAAUGCAGAAAGAGAUGUGAUGGACUUACGAAUGAACAUAUAUGAGACUAACCUGGAAUGGAAAGAGAUGGAUCUGAUCAUUAUGCUUAGAGGCAAGCCAUAUUCUUAAAUGGAAUGGGUGGUUCAUUUUAAACAAUAUGUAUUUUUCAUGGAAGUUCAAUUGACUGUUCAAUUGUUUUUAAAUUUGAUUUCAGAGCUUCUGCAGAAUCUUUUAAACAGGGAGCCCUAAGGGAACAGAUAGCAAAGCUUGUUUCCAGACAAAAGAGUCUUUUGCUCAUGGCACAGAAGCAGAAAGAACUAGGCCAGAAAAUACAAAAUUAUAAGAAUGCAAAAAAGGAGGCUUCACAUUCAGCAAAAUAUGUCCCAAGCAUACAUGGCUCUUGUGAACGCAACAACACAGAAGAUGAUCCAUCUGGGAGAAUAGCAGCCUCUUCUGAUAUAGCUAUAGGCCUUGAAAACAGUUGGGUCACAGACAAUAUUUAUUUAGAUCAAGAAUCCAGCCAGUAUCCAAACAGGUCUCUGAAUAUGUCAGGAGGGAAUGGAAAAGAAAAAAGGCAAAAAGGACUUGGUCCCAAAAAAACGGCAUCUGAAAACAAACCCAGGGAAUAUAACGUUGAGAAGUUAACAAAGGUAACACAUUUGAAGUAUGUUAGAUCAUACUAUAAACCAUACUAUAGAUCAGACAAUAUUGCCUUCAGAACAUGUAGUUUGCCUUAUUCAACAGACACACAUAGAAUAUACUGAUCAUACAUCAGUGGCACUACAAAGAAGCAAAUUCCCAAGAAUGUGUACACUAAAUAGUUCAGCUGCUAAAAGUACUGUUGUCAAUAAUAAUAAUAUUAUUAUUCAGCAAACCACUGAAAGUCAACAUGUUUUCUCUAAUGUGUCUUCACAGCAAUACUCAAAUGUAAGUGAGGAUUUGCAGAUGCAACCAGAAUUAGAAUCUACACACAGCUGUCUCGCUACUCAUCAGAAAAACAUCCCAAAAAAUAGACACUUGCUUAAUGCUAAUUUAGAGCCUGCAGGAAUAUUUUCUCAUGCGCUAUCACAAAGCAGAAUCAGCCCAAGUUCUUCUCAAUGUUCUAACAGUCAGAAUUCCGAAAAACAAUUAAACUUAAAAGCAAGCAGAAGGAAGAAAAAUCAGCUAUUAGAUCUGCUUGAACUGGGAAAGAUUAAGUCCGGAGAUGAUGUUCUGGAAUUCACAGUGCAGGUAGAUUGUUCAGUUGCAAAGCAAUGUCAGUAUCAAUGCAAAAUGUAUUAAAAAAACACAGAGUAAUGAAUUCUUAGCAAAAGCUAAUUGAUCAUUAGAAGCAACAAAUAAUCCUGUGGCACGUUAAAGCUAACAAAUUUAUUAUGGCAUAAGCUUUCAUAUAGGAAGUGUUAUCUGACAUUGUAGGUAUACAAAUGUGGUUGGGGGUGAAUUGUGAGGUCAGGAGGAAAUUUGUGAGGAGAAUCAGGGUUAAACAGUUCUGUGUGACGUCUCACAUUCUGAGGCGUGGUUUGGUUCACAUACGGGAAUCUUUCUUUGUGUGUGAGUUUUCCUUUCGUUUUUGGCUGAGAGACGAAAGAAUGUCCGCUCUCUCACCUGGCUGAUUUAUGAUGUUUUUCUUCUCAUUAAAGGCUGUUAGAGAUUAGCAAGAAGCCUGCGUUCAGUCUGAUUUAUUAUCCACACACAAGGCAACACUUUCUACCGCUGCAGAACUCUGCUAAGAACUCUGCUAAGAGCUCAAGUUUUUCCUAUUGGCACACGCGUCCAUCGGCACAGGGGAAGUGUGCCGGGCGCCAUCUUAUCUCAAUUAUGCCUAAAUAACGUUCUAAUGAUUUUGCCUGCUCCAUUACUGCAUUGUUUAGGCAACAUAUAUGUUAUAAUACGAUCAGGACCUGGUUCAAAUUCUAGCAUUAAAAAUAAGUAUUCAGAGAUUAUUUUCUAGCUUUUCUUCCCCUCCACCCUGAUUCAGCUGGGUGCUAAGAGUGCUCUUUUGCCCUGUAUUGUCAAAAAUAAGCAGGAAAACAAAUAAAGGCUGGCCUAUGCCAUUUGAUUGUGCUGUGUCCUAGCUUAGUGUCAGAAGAGCGUGUGGGGCAAUAUACAGAUGCAAUUAUGUCCCAACAUGCAUUACUUGCAAAGAAAUGCAGUGCUGUAGUGCCUGUAUUUUCUCUAUCCUCUGGCCUUCCCUUGCAGCACUAUGAUGGCAGCAGAUGUACUGCAAACUGCAGUUUUUCCACUCAGCUUCUUAGCUGGGGACAAUUUCUGCUUAUUACAGCAAGCAAGUGGACGAGGGGGAAAUUGCGAGGCCGGUAUGAUAGAAUUAGCUGGCAGCUGCUACUGACAAAAUAGUUCAUGGUCUUUGUAGUCCUGUGGGUUAUAGAGAGGAGGAGCCAUGGAAAAAUUUUAAAACUGUCUUUUACUUGUGCUGCUACCUCUAAGGGGUUUAAAAGCUUGAUGUGCUUUUAAACAAGCCUUCCAGGGGACUAUAUCCAAUGAAUACAUCCCAUUUAUGCAAUUACCUCUGUGCAAUGGAACUCCCCCUCCUUCUCUCCCCAAACAUAACAGAUUUGGGUGAAGCACAGGGGAAGGAGAUGGAGGAGUUACGUUGUGCAAGUGGAAGUUCUUGUGCAAAUGGGACAACUUCAUGGGAUACAACCUAAUGUUUUCAGGUAUAUUUUUUUCCAGGUGUGUACAACUUGUGGCUUUUAUGCUCCAUAGGUUUCCCCCCCAUAGAGUAGAGUUCAUAUUGCUUUCCUGACGGUUGCCAUAUUCCAGUCUGAGAAGGGUUGGCAAAUACUGUAGAUGAUGGGGUGGAAGUACUUUUCAAGUGAGACUGCAGGUCUCUUUUGCUUAUAGUUCUCCUGGGAGCUGAUCAGCUGUGAAACUGUGAGAGCUUUUGGAACCUUCAUUUGAUCUUUCGAAUGUCAUAAUUUUACUUUUAUUCACUGUUGAACAACGGAUGAAUCUUAAUGGCAAUAGUGCUAGUUUCCUUUUUACAGCCUUGGCCCUAAGGGGCCUCCGAAGGUCUUCUGGUGGUUCCCUCACUCCAAGAAAUGAAGUUAAGGGAACCAGGCAGAGGGCCUUCUCAGCAGUAGCACCGUCCCUGUGGAGUGCCCUCCCAUCAGAUGUCAAGGAGAUAAAGGAACUACACAGUUUUUAGAAGACAUCUGAAGGCUAUAUCAAGAAGUUUUAAAUGUUUGGUGUUUUAUUAUGUUUUUAUAUGUGUUGGAAGCCACCCAGAGUGGCUGGGGAAACCCAGCCAGAUGGGCAGGUAUAAAUAAUAUAUUAUUAUUAUUAUUAUUAUUAUUAUUAUUAUUAUUAUUAUUAUUUAUUUGGUCUGCUGGAAUCUCCUCUCCCAGAUUUUAUCAAUAAGCUUGUGAAGUUGUUGUGUAAGUUCAGUUUCUCCCACUUUGAAUAUUUUGGCAGAUAUCCCAUCAGGCCCACUGGCUUUGUUGUUUCUCGUUUGAUUAAUAGCUGUACACAACUCUCCCAGAUUUGGAGAUACUGCAAGCUCAUCUUUAAUUUGUUUUUGCGGAAUUUGUGAGAGGACCUCAGCAGCUACGGGGGAGUUGUAGUUAAGAAGAUGCUGGUAAUAUUCUUUCCAGCGCAAUGCAAUAGCUUCUUUAUCUUUUAGAAGUGUGGUAGCAUCUGUUUAGCAUAGCGGGCAUAUACCAUGAUUUAUUGGCCCAUAGAUGGUCUUUGUGACUUUAAAGAAACUCUGUGCAUUAUGAGUGUCUGCUAAGUGCUGGAUCUCUUCAGCUUUUUUUAUCCAUCAGAUGUUAUUUAGUUCUCUGGUUCUUCUUUGAAGCAUUGGCAUAGGUUUUUUUCUUAGUGGUGCAGUUUCUAUCCCUUUGCCCAAUCUGAAAGGCCUUCAUUUUCUUGGCAAUAAUGUGUUUGAUCUCACUAUCAUUCUCAUCAAACCAGCCUGGUGUUUCUUGGUUUGGUAUCCAAUAGUUUGUUCACAGGCUGCGAUAAUGGAUGUUUUUAGCUUGGCCCAUUGUUCCUCAGUGUUAUCAGGGAACUCUGAAAGCAGAUGGUCCUUAAGAGUCGUUUGGAAGCAAUCCUACAUAAUAGGAUCUUGAAGGGCUUGAAUGUUCAUUUUGCACUCUGGUUUCCUUCCUUGAAGCUUGUGUUGAGGUAUAAUCCUGAUAGCUAUCAUGGAACGUAUUAAUUGGUGAUCUGUCCAGCAAUUGUUGGCACUCAUCAUAGCUCUGGUAAGAGCACAGCAUGAUGAUCUUCAGCUCAGACAAUUACAUAGUCUAAGAGGUGCUAGUGGUUCAAAGUGUAGGGGAUUAUAAUUCUUAAUUGUUUUGUGUUCCUUGUUUUUGUUUUUAAUUUAGGAUUCCAAACAUAAAGCCAGCCUUUUGGGAAAUGGUAAAGUCAGAGCUGGCAAUAACUCAGUUUACCAAAAUCUAGUUCAAUGGAUUAAAGCACUACUAGGAAGUGACAUUUCUGUAAGCUGGAAAUAUGUAUACAACAAGGUAGGCUCAUUACAUUUUCUGUCACCUAUUAAAAUUUAAUAUUAGUGUGAAGUUUGUUGCAUGAAAGUGAGCAGUGUAGUGGUAGUUUGUCUGAGCACAGGCAGGCAGGCAAUGUCAGGAGCGAGUCAGCAAUAAAUCACAUGGUGUAAAUGAAGUUAACUCUUUAUUAGAAGAAGCAGGAUCUGCUCAGGUGGGCCAGGCCUAAUGAGCACAGCAACUGGUUGUUUAUUAUUAUCAUAAUUAUCACAUUCUGUACAAUUCAUUCAUUAUUAUUUUUAAGGAAAACUGUCAUCAACUAAAAAGUGUAUUUUUAAAAAAUAAGCAAGAAAAAGAAGGGGGGAAAGCUGCAAAGCAUUAUAGUCCUGUGUAGUCUUCUGCAUUUGACUUUGGCUUUUUGUUUUUCCAUACUCGACUUGCAGGAAAUGUACAAAGUAGAUAUAUUACUUUGACACGGGCUCAAUAGUUCUUGAUGCAUUUUUUAAAAUGAAGUAAAUAACAUCUUCAGUGACAUAUAUUUGCCUUUAUACAGGUCGCAUACUGUGGAACUCUGUUGUCAAAAAUUAUUGCUGAAGUUCAUGUUUCUGAGGAACCAGAGUUAACAGUGCAACAAAAUAAGCUAUUUGGUAUGUGCUGACUAAAAUGUGAAUUCCAUUUAGAUGAAAAUGCCCCCCAAAAGGACAGGGUUUAUAAAUCCUCAGACUUCUACUGCACACUUUUUCUAUCUUUAAUCACAAAUUAUGGACAUAACAGCAUUUUUUAGUAGAGCCAUGCAUGUGCCUCAGAAAUGCUAACAAGACAAGUUUUCUCUGUUGGAAAUGUUAUGGUUUGCUGUGAUUCUCUCCUGAGCGAAGCUAGUGAGUUAACCUACAUGGGUUGGAGAACCCGUAAGUGCUAAGAGUUAAUGGCUUAAUUAAACUUGUCUUUGCUGGAAAUUUUGUGAAUUUAAUCCAGUGUUUGUGUGGCUGAGGGAAACAGCAUUCUGCAGAAGUACUGUCCUCUAGUUGUUUUUGGGAAUAAGAAAUAUUGGCUUCAGUCAAAACUGUUUAUAUACACACAAGGAAGACACUAUUGCAGAUUAAAAUAUCUAUUACCAACUUGUGCUUAGAGGUAUCAACAUUGGGUAAGGGAAUAUUCUGAUACAAAUUAGUAACUAUUUAUGAACUCCAAGUUAUAACUUCUAUUUUUAAACAAUAAUAUGAAAGAAAUCUUUUAAAAUGAUGUCCAGGUGAUAUAUGAUCCCAGUAUUGAUAAGCAAAAUGAAUAAAUGGUGCUGCUCUAUUUUCUAGAAAUGUCAAAAAUAGUGAGGGGAUUUCUGCCAUAUGGAGUGAACCUCACACCCAGCAAUUUCUGGGAGGAAAGAUAUAUUUCUUAUUGGACAGAUAUAUUUCUCUUGGCUUGCAUAUUCCCCAUGACUUCUUGACAUACACAAGAACAAAGCCACCCCUUGCCUAAUGCACCAAUUAGGAACAAAUUGUCAGGCCUGGCCCUAAGUUUUUUAAUAGGCCGAACACAAGUCCAACACAAGCAGGUGUUGCUAUGAUAAGCCUGUGGUAGAUGUGAAGGGCUGGGAGCUUGAUAACAGAUGAGACAAACAAGAACCAAGGACCAGAGGCAGGAAGAUGUGAUUGUGGACAGGAUGAAGGUCACAUCCUGCCCAGAGGGUAUGAUUAAAUGGUUAAUGAAUGCCAAAGAUAACCAAAAUACCGGAUCAGUCAGGGAACAGAAGCAUAUCCAUAAUAAAGCAACAAGUUGCUCAGACUGAGGAGUUGGCUUGGCUUGGCUUGGCUGAAAAGGUUUAUAGGGUCUGCUAUGUUUCCAUUAGUUUUUGAGGUCAGCUGACCAGGCUGUAUGAUCAACUGAUAGCAUCCAGACUAGGACUGUCACCUAGAGAACACCCUUGACGCACAGAACCUGGCCCUCCCCUGAGGAACUAGAAUGCUGGUGGCACAGGAACGAUGGAAUGUAUUGGAGGCUCUGGUUCAAGACUUCCCUUGGCCGGCAUGUUACACAGAUAAUUUUUUAUCUUUUUCAACCAGGGAGAAACUCUACAAGAUGCAAUUACAGCCGAGGUGCUGAGUACUGCUGUUUUAGUCAUAAGGCUGCUUCCUCUCAGAAUGCAGAGAAUAUAAGGCAGGAAACUGCACCCUUUCCUCAGGAAGAAAUGGAAAUCUCUCUGUCCCCUGAAACAGAAGCUGAGGAAAUAAUGACAGCAGUCAGUGAAACAAGUAAGUAAAAUAAGACCACAUGCAAUCCUGUUUUGUCACAAGUUUGUUGCAAGUAGAAUUUUGGUGGUAGGACUAUUGCAAACUCUUGGUCUUGGCACAAAAAAUAAGAUUAGUUUGCUGUUGAAUUGUACCCUUUUUCUUUCUGCAAAGCGUGCAUUUUCUGUUUACUGCUUCAGAGCCUGUGCUAUUAGACUAUGGUUGUCUUUAAAUAUUCUGUGGUUUUUCCUAAUUCAGUGUAGUCUAACUGUGAAAGACACUUUACAAAGCCCUGCCUUCUACAUUUAUCUGAUUUGCUGUAUAAUAUAACAAAUAUAUGUAGGACGUUGUAUAUCUUACGAAUCCACAUACAUAUUGGAUAAUUGGGAAUGAACAGCAAAGCCAAAAUAGAACAUUUAAUUAUCUAAACAUAUGGUUGCAACCUGCAUCCUCUUAGAGAUACUGAACAUAUACUACACAUCUGCAGUGAAUCUUCCAAAAUAAAGCUUAUUGCUCUUUAAAUAACCCAUACUAAGGAUAUGCAUUUAUUGAUGGAGUGUUAAAUGCUUUUGAUACUGAAAGACUUAAUCAGGAUUUAGUUCUUAAAAUGGGGAGAGCAUCUGGAUAGUGACAUACAAUAUCUGUUUUAACUGAGAAUCUUCUUCAGGGCAUUAUUGUAUUUUAAAACAUCUGUCUGCUUUUUUGGCCUCCUCAUAAGCAGCUUCCCUAAGGGUAACCUACCAUGUUGCUUUUUGUAGCUAGAGGUGCUCACACUCAUGUAAACUGAAGUGUGCAAAUAUAAUAUGAGAAGGGCAACUGUAUGCUUCAGUUUUCCCAGAGAAGAUGCUGUUUUGUAAGAACUGUGGAAACAGAUCCAGACAAUCCUAUUUCUUUACUUAGAAGAGAGAGGUCUUCCAUCUUAGAAAAAUUGUAACCAUUGUGGUGGAUGAAUGUGUGUUUAUUGUCUAUUUUUUUAAGUGUUGCAUGCCAUCCAAAUCCCUGAGUGGUGGGAGAUUCCAGGGGUUUCAGGCACUUAUCCGGGGUUUGUAUUUCUGUUUGGAAAUGAGGCACAAUGGAGACAGCAGUGUCUUCAUGAUAUAUGGUUUAUUACACAUACUGUAUAUACAACCUGAGCAUGCGAUGGAGGGGUUCGCAGCAUCAACACCCCAAAAGAGUCUAAUUUCUCCCAUAGCUGCAGCCUUGGAUUCAAACAUAACUCAAACAUUGCUCUCAAGCGUUGCCCUGAUUUUCUCUCCAGUUUGCUGCUUUACUUCUAAGUUACAUCACUGCAAACUCUCAGCUCUCUCCUUUGUCUUUUUCUAACUACUAGGCAAUCACCUCAACAGGAAACUAAGCUGGCUUAUAUUUUAACAUUUGCUGGAUCCAGGGAUUAGAAGGGUCUCUGCACAGUGCACACAGACUACUUCCCCCCACCCUAAACUCAUAACAAAAACCUCUUUAAAAUUUGCUAUAUGACUCGACUUCAGUUGUAUUGGUACUUCAGUGUAGAUUUGUAUUCCUGUUCACUAGGUGACUGCUUAUAUUAUUUGAUAUUUAUUUGUUUGCUUUUUUGAAAUUUAUAUACCACCGUUCAUCGAAAGACCACAGGGAGAUUUCCAACAUAGAACAUACAAUAAUAAAUUAUAUAUAUGAAAACAGAACAUUAUAUCCAUACAAGAAUAAUAAUUACUGCUUUUUUUCUGGGGGUACUCAAGGGUGCACAGUACUUCCCCCCACCCCCAGAAGAAAGGGCACUGGUUAAAAGUGCAGCUCUUACUGUAACUACUUCAUGGUGAGUACCAGCACCCUUUUUUCUAGAGGAAAAGCACUGAUAACAAUAUAUAGUAAUAAAUAAUACAUAAUGGUACACAGUGCUUUUUUGGUUAAAAAAAUGAGGUGCCAGUACUUAAAUUGAUAAAAGUGUCAUGGGUGCCCACACAAAAUGGCUGCCAUGGGCAGCAAAAAAAGAGGUGCCAGGACUCCAUGCCAAUGAGUACUGUCACAGAAAGCAGAGGUGAAACUAGGUUUUGUUUCACCUGGAUCAAAGACCCAGUUUGGCACACCCACCCACGCGCAUUUGCACACACACACACACAUAGGCUGGGAGCCUCCAAUUACUUCGCAUUUUCAGGACUGAAUCCUGGAGUGCAGAUAUGUUCUGCUAUGUUCUGAUGUGCCACGGCUCAAAUGAAACAAAUCCUUUUUUUGGUAUCUUGGUUUGAAUACUUUGUCCUUUUAAUUUAGAGAAAAAAGUGUUUUGGAGAAUUAAUAGUUAAAUUGAUUUUGGGGGGUAGGAAAACAAAAUGCAAAUGUAAAAAAAGGUUUUCCUUACAGUUUAAAAUAUUUUGUGCGUUUGGUUUUUUGUCGAUGGAUGUGCAGGUGUAAACAAUACAUGAAAUCAACGAUUAUGUCAUGGUAUGGCUUUAUUGCUAAAUAAAGAGGUAUGGAGUCAAUCUGAUCUGAAAAUCAUACUUGGAUUCUCUUACGUGGAAGCUCUUUCACUGUCCUUAAAUGUGCAGAAAAUAAUUGAUUUUUUUAAGAGAGGAGGAGGAGGAAAAUAUCACUCUGCACAUGUGCUAUGACACACUUUCCUAAAUAAGUGCUGUACAAGUCCUAUUGUCAUGAAAACGGCAAAGUAAAAAAUUGCAGUCCCCCCCCCCAGUCAAAAUGUUGCGAGCUAGCACUGAUUGCCUUAAAUAUCUCACCACUUAAGAAAUUGGGGGUUUAAAGCAUUCCUUAUACUUCAUGCUAGAUAUUUUAAUUUAGUGCAUUUCAUCUUUCUAACAGAAGUUCCCUACCACCUUGAUUCCUCAACACCACCCAGGAGAUUUCUACAGUUCAACAGCAGAGUGCUAAUAAAGGAUGAAGAAUUUAUGCCAGGUCAUAUAAUGGAUCAGUACUGGAACUUCUAUGUCCAUUGUGAGGGUUUCGGAUUUUAAACGAAAAAAUAGAUAAACGUUUUCCUUCUCUAUCUGGUAAAAUUUAAUGAGCUUGGGGAAGAGGAUUGCAUUGUGUUUUUUGAAUUUUACUAUUGCACCAAAUCUUUGUUAGCAUCACUUUUAAAAUACAAAGGGAACCUUGUUGUGUCCCAACAGAUGUAAACUGUCUGAGAGCUUUUAGUAGGAGACCAGGUGGGGGGGUAUAGAUAAGGUUGCGAACGGCUGUGUGGUUACAGUUGCUAUGCACUUUGACCUUGAUAUGCCUCAUGAUGGAAAGGAAAAGUCUGAUGUGGAUGAGAUGGCUGAAAUAAAAAAAAUGGUCAGGAUGGCACCUGUUGUUAUUACUGAAGCACAGACUGACAGAAAAUUAAAAGCAUUUCAGGUGAAACAGGUGUUGAGUUGUGGCCUGAGCUCCAGCCUCUGGGUCACCAAUGAAAGUUUAGUCUGGUUAUCUUAGGCAAGGUUGAAUCAAAUUGUCAGCAUCUGCCAAUUUUGAUAUGUCAGCCCUAAUUAAAGAACAGGGAACAAAUGAUUAUCUCUAAAGAGUCCUACACUGUUGUUGUUUUUCAAUGGAAGACUCUUUCAGACUCAGAAUCUAAUUCUAAGAAAGCAAACCUUACAAUACGGGCCUGAAAUUGUGCUCACCUUUGUUUAUACACACCCACACAGCCAAUAAAGAAUAAUUGGUUUCAGUUACUUUUGUGGCUAAUGUUUGCUGUUAGUGAAAGUUUUUGUAAUGCAACCUGAAAUCUCAUUUUCCCUCAAACUUCCAUUUGUAGCAGGAUGAAGCUGUCUUAUUUACAUUUCCUAUCAUGGGGCCAUAUUUAGCUCUUUUAUAAGGGGACAAAUCUUAAACAGCUUUCAAUGGAGCUCCACAACUAAGUUACAACAUUUUGAACCUCCAUUUGAAUCCCAUCUGUGUGAACACACCAUACAGUGAAGAUUUAGAGAGCGUUCUUUUUCGUUUUCUUUUAAUUUAAAGGAAAUAAUUCCUUUGGGGAUUUUUCACAUUGAGCUGGUCCCAGUGUAAAGCUAUUCAUGGUAUUGUGCGGUCUCUCUCCCCUUCCAUGUCUUACAGAAAGUUGCUAGGAUUAGCUGUGAUUAGUGUUGGUGACAUGUAACAUAGCCAUGGUUAAGGCCUGUUGGAGAAUUAGCAUGAGAGCAGGGGAGGCUUUAGAGAAGAAAGUGUUUCACAACCUCCUCCCAAUAUCCUUGUCACCAUAAAGUGAUUGCAGUCUUUGCACUGGCCCAGUGAGAUAUAAAAAAACCCACACUUACUGGAUUACAUAAAAUAUCAGUAUUUUAUGAAAUGCAGUAUUUUGAAAUACACAGAGGUGAAGGCUUAAUUAUCAGUGUCAUUCAGAAAUAUCCACGGGCAUUCAAAUACAAGGCGAAAAUACUUUUUAAUCAUUUUGAUUAUAAUCUCUUUGAGCUUUUAAACCCGGGAGCUACUUUAUACUGUGCAGUAUCUUCUGGGGGAGGGAUGGUGUUUGUCUUACAUGUGAUUUAUUUCCUACUUCUUUGCUAGGGUAUCUGUAGCAGAUACAUCUGCCAUAGCCAGAGUUGAAAAUGUUCUGGGGCUCUUUCAUGUCAGAUUAAACAACAUUUUAAAGAUGCAAAAUGAGAUUCCUUGUUAACUCAUUUUGCUGAAUUGCUAUCAGCCACAUAUGGAAGAGUUUCUCUACUGAUUAUCUGAUUGGCAUAUAAGCUGGUGUAUGGAAGUGACUGUUGACUGGCUUAGGCAAAAAAGAUAUUGGAGAUAGAGAACAAAGUCUGUGGUAAGGAAAGUUAACAAAGUCAACACUUUGUUAGAAUGUCUAAGGUUUCAGAUGUCCAAAACUGUCAUGUAACAAAAAGGUAAACUAUGUAGUUUGAUGAGUAAGGUACUUAAAACAAUGCUAUUUUAGUUGAUUUAUUUUUAUUUUUUUUUGGCCAUUCAGGUCCUGAUGCGCUUUAAUUACACUGUACUCUUUUGUUAUAGCGAACAUAUUGCAUUACUUGUUGAAAGAGAGCAGUGAUUCAUAUUCAUCUUUUGUUGCAGGAGAAUAUUGUACUGCCUAUGAAAUGUACAAAAGAUUUAUCUGAAUAUUAGAUUUACUUCACUGUUCACUCAAUUUGUUGUUUAUGUUGUUUUCUUUGAUGUAAGGCACCUAAUAAAUUAGGAACAUGCCAACUGCAAGGCCUUGUUGCUGCAUUUUGGAUUAGCUUUGUUCCUACAGGAGAACAUAAAAUCAAGAUUUGACAUGAUGAGUAUGAAGUAAAAGCUUUGGCUCGUAAGCUGGCUUUCCGGUACUAAAAAAGACAGACACCAUUUGUUAAAUAUUAUUUCUUCUGUAUUUGAUUUACUAAAGUUUAAAAUGUAAUUAUGUUACCUUCUCUUUUCUUUUUGAAAGGAAAAGGGGGAACUUUAUUGUAUAAAUUUAGUAGAUUGGUACAAGAUUUUAUGGUAUGAGUGGCUGCUGUUCUGGUGGGGGAUAAAAUUCAGAUUCAGAAUAUAGGAGACAUGUGACUGUGUCUUAGUAUGUAGAGUAGCAGUCUCUUAGCACCAUGGUCCAGGAUUUGUUGUUAUAGCUCUGACAGUGUUGAUUAGUGAGACUGUUUUUCAACAGUGUCACUGUAAGCACAAAAUUCACUAAGUUCUAGAUUUCCUUUAUUGGAGAAAAAAUCUGGUUGACUUAAUGUCUUUGUGAUUUCUAUUUUUAUUGUAUAAGCUGCUUUGAGACACCCUAGUGCAAAAAUGCAAUAAAUAAUAAAUACUGAAAAAG